CUUCAAUGUAAAGCAGCCAGGAGCUGAGGGUGUGGACUGCCUCUGUGUACCUCUAAGACUGCCUCUGCCUGGGAGGACCCUCUAUCCUCUGCCUUUCUCUUUUUUUCAUUGCUUGGUACCCACGUCUGCUGGUGAAUUCGCAUCCAUUGGAGCUGACCAAAAGGACAGAUAGCGUUGCUUUGCCUGGGAUGGACAGCUGUUCCUCUCCCGAAGCAUUCUAACGUGUAACAGGUAUUUGUACAUUACCCUUUUGUCAGACACUGGUAAAAUUAACCUAGCCGCAGCAAUUCAGCACUUUAAGCUUGUGGACAGCUCCCAUCUGCAAUGCUUCUGAUCAGAGCGUCUCUACCUCUGUAGAUUGGAUGUAUCUCAAUGUACUGCGUAUGGGUGACACUAUGUAUCAAGGUAAUCAAGGGAUGAGGAGGGGGCAUCGUGGGUGGUAAAGGGGGAGCACAGUUCACAACCAGGACAGCUUAAAGCUAUUGUGAGUCAGCAGAAUAUAUAGAAGGAAACCUUUAAUUUCAUUCAUGCAAUAUAGCAUAUUUAACACGUUAAAUAAAACCUUCAUAAUUUGACAAUGGAGGGGAGUGCAAUAACUGAGGAUUUACACAACAAUCUAUUCAUAUGAAUGAUUCAACAAUUUUUCAUCUGUGUUCACUGUAUGAGCUGUACCUGCUUCACAUGUGUUCAAAGAGACCUUAUAGGUCAGCACAGCAUGUAGGUGACAUGUUUAUAUUUUUGAAAAGUCUGUAACUAGGUACAUUUAGAAAUUUAAAGGCCAAGUGGUUUCCCACAAAUGUUCAGCAUUUAAUGGGUUAAGGUAAAGAAAACGUGAUUUGCAUUGUGAGUAUGUUGCUGGUUGAAGAUUGUAAAUGCACUAAUCUUUGAAAAACAGAUACAGAUAUAAUCACGUAUCAUGCCCAAAAGCACAACUAAUUCUUUUAAUGUAAUGUCAGACUGCUUUUCACUUACUCAAAAGAUUCGGUUAGAUGAAAUACAUCAGUAUUUUUCCAUUGGAACGUGUCUAGAUAAAUAAAAUAAAAUGUAUUCAUUGAUCUGUAAGAAAACUUUGUAAAUAAGAUUUGUCAGUAAUUUUUAGAUUUCUGCCAAAGUACAGAAUGUCCAGUUUCUGCCCAGUUCAUCUGGGAAAUAUUAGAACAGACUAGUAUAUACAUCCAUCUAUAUUUAUAUAGAUUACCAAAGGUAUAUGAAGACCAUCAUUGGAUCAUCUCUGGACCUUUUUAUUUGACCCCUAGAAAUCAAAUAUGCCCAAUUUCUAUUGUAUUGAGGACGUAAAAUAGGGUUAGAUCAAGUGAUAUGGAUGGAUACAUCGAUAGCUUUUUUUAAAAUAAAUUGUCAUAAACCAACCUCACAAUUAUUUACCAAUUCUCUCUCUGGAAUAAUGAUACAGUCCAUAGCCCUAGCUACAUGGCAUUAUGUACACUGUACUAUAUUCUGAUCUGGCAAAUUGUGAGCUCAGACAACUAGAGGCAGAGAAUCUUGCAAUGUGUCCGUAGAUGACAUUUUGUAUUAAUGGCAAAGGGUCUGAAAAUAUGAACAAAAUCUUGAGAGAAGCCGCUAAACCAGGGACAGAUGGUAAACAUCACAAUGAAUGAACACAGCAAUAGAUGGGGUCAUAAGGAGAACAGGAGUGGCACAUCCUUGAUUUUCAAUUGGAUUUAGCUGGCGUGUUAUAAAUCAAGGGGAUGUACGUACAUCAUGUAAUUAGUCAUUUGUAUUUAUAUUUUUGGUUGAAUGACUACACUGAAAUUUCAAAGGAAAUUAGCGUGUUUCUGAUCAGCAAAAAAAUAUAUCCAUUGGUAGUUUAAAAUGUAAUGAAUUAUAAGCCCGAUUCCGAGGCUUAUAAAUUAAUGUUUUACACAACAAAGGCCUAAAUUGAAUCAUGAAGCAGGUCUUUUCUUUUGUGUAUGUCAUAUUGAUUUUAAUUUGCUAUUCCAGAGGUGUUUUCAGCAGUGGGAUAUCCAUGGUCAUGUGUUAUACUAUAUUUAAUGUAGUGUUAUGUAAUAUGUAUCUAGAAAUCUAUUUAUAAGGGAUACUUGUUUUAAAUUAAAAGGAUUGAAAACAUCUCCCAUUGUAUAAACACAAUCCUCAGUUCUUCUCAGUAGGAAUCGGAUUUAAAUAUUUAAUGGCAAUGGAUAAAAUGAUUAAUUGCAUGUUUGAAAGGGCUUUUAGUGCUUCAAUGCCAUUCCACAUUUAAACACAACAUCAGUAAUGUAACAGGCUUAUUGUAUCAUUGAGUCUAUACAACUCUUGGUCUGCAGACAAAGACAGGUUUUAAAGAUAUUUAACUUAUUGUGUUUAUUGAGUCACACAUCUAAUUGGUAAAUUACAUGUUAAAUGAACAUAUUGCAAAGCACUUACAGGGCAGCGUUGGGCAGUCCUACCAUAGGACCAGGGAUGUAAACAUGGCAUCUUUCUUAUGUCAUAUCAGUUCCUAAAUCCAUAUAGCUGAAGAGCUUGUAGAAUGUUCAUGGGGUUAAUCACCAAAAAAAUAAUUUCUAAACUAUAGAUUCAUAUUAAUAUAAUGAUAUAUACAAAACAAUGUAUAAAAUAUAUGAUAUAUAUGUAAUAAUUGAAAUAUGUAUAAGUAAUAUAUAACAAACUGUAUAUUUUAUAUAUAUAUAUAUAUAUAUAUAUAUAUAUUACAUUUGUGAUAUGUUACUUAUAAAUAUUGUAGUGUUUAUAUAUUUUUAAAUAUGUAUAUAUCUACAUGCUAAUUAUUACUGAUAUGACAUUAGAAAAAAAAAAACAGACAUUUAAGGGGAGCACAUAAAAAACAAGAGCCCCAAGGCUUUUGGUAACUGGUUUCUUUCAAAGGCUAAAAUCCUGGGAAACAUUUGAUGGGACCUCUGCAUUGAUUAAUCACAGUGUGUUAGUUGGUGGCAGAUGGCAGACCCUACAACAAAAGGAGACAAUGGGUGCAAAAGAAUGGUGUGGAAAUUGAAUUCAGUCAGCAUUAACACAUAAGUAAUCCUGCUAAAUUCACACCAGGGACAUCCUCAGACAUGCAUGAUAUUAACCCUUGCUAUGACAGACCUACGCAAACCACAUGCAGUGCUAACAUCUGUCGUUUUAAGGUGAUUUGGAAAAACAAAAUAUGAUUAACAUAACUUUUAGUUGCAUUUACUAACCAGUUUAUUGAAUAUGUAUCAAAAUCUCAAUAUUAAAUAAAGAUUACUAGAUUUACUAAAUAAAAUAAUAUUGGAUAGAAUAUAGGUAUACAGCAAUUACAUUUUUUUUUAUUUUUUUAAUGGGGAACUUAAAAUGUUGCCAAAGGGCCUAAAAAUGUAAAAUACACAUCUCUGUAGUGAUAGCAUUAUAAUUACUCUAUAUUUGAGUAGUGAAUGCAUUGCAAUUCUUAUUAGAAUUAAUUAAAUGUGUUUAUGUAUGAAAACUAUAGAACAAUACAUUUUAACUUGCAAAAUAUAAUCUAAUGUAGAAACAUUGACUUUGGUAUAUGGUUGGGUUUAUGCUCUAAGCUCUAAAAGUAAAUGAUUUGAAAAUUGAAUUUCAAAAUGUAGGUGAAAACUUCUGAUAUAGAAAAAAAAAAAUUCAACCCAGUUACAAUAACAGUUUGGUUGUUGUAUCCUAAAUUUUGAAAUUCGAAUCAAUUCAAUUUACUAACAUUUGAAAAUUAGUGAAUAAAUUCCUUUGUUUUUAACUAAGGUGUUUUGCCCUAAAGUUGCUUUUUUAACUAUCUACAGCUAACUGUUUUGUAAUCUUUAUAUUAGAUAAAUGAUGCAGUGAUGUUUUGUUUGGAAUUAACCACAUCAAUUUCCUUUUAAUUAUCAGGCAGGUUUAAAAUUAUUAUGUGCCUGGCUUCAUUAGCAUAUGCCGACUUAAUUUCAUUUUAUUAAAACAUCUGUUACCUUACAUAUCAUAUACAUUUGUAUCUAUUCCCAAACCAAACCUUUUAGGGGUCUUGUUUGAAACUGCAAAGAGUAGUGCCCGGGCUAUCUGACUGACUUGAAAUGAUUAAACAAAAAAACUAAAUGAAAAAAAAAAAACAAUAUUCAUGAAAUUAAUGGGAAUUUAAACUGUUCUAGAUAGAUUUAAUUCUAAAAAUAAAAUGAUGUUAAUGCUGGAACUAUAUGUUGAAAACUGAUUACACUGAGGGUUUGUGUUAAAUCAAAUUUCCUUCAUUAUUAUUAUAAGUGGCAUGUAUAUAGCGCCAACAUAUUCUGUAGUGUUUUACAGUUAUAGAAUGGGGAUAUUUGUCAACAAGUAACUGACAUACAAAAUAUUAACAUAGACAAAUGGUGAACAAGGUCCUGCUCAAAUGAGCUUACAAUCUAUGAGAAAGCUGUAAAGACAAUUAAAGAGAAUUAACAGCAUGUCAGAGGGGAGGAGGGACUGAUGGAUAAAAUGUCUGUGUCGAAAUGAGCUUCUAAAAGUGGUAAAGGUAAAAAGUACAAAAAUACAGGUUCAAUCAACGUUUCAGUUUGCUACAAAGACUAUAAUCAGUAGCAGACUGAAUUGUUGAUCGAACCUGUACCUUUUGGUGAAUUAAAGAAGGAAGUUUGAUUUAACACAAAAGUGGGGAGAAAAGUCAGAGUAAACAAAACUAAAUUAAGAGUUCCAACAAUAUUCUUGAUCAGAAAGAAAAAGGAUAUUAUUCCAAGUUGAAGGGGAUAAAACAGUGAUCUGUGUGUGCUUUCAAUUGUAUCCAUUCCAGGUGUAAUCUUGUAUCCACCUUAAAGGAGCGCUCUAGUGCCAGGAAAACAAACUCGUUUUCCUGGCACUAUAGGGUCAUUAGGUCCCCCCAACCUGAGGGCCCUCCUCGCGCUGUGCUGCAUGGAUUAAAACCCCUUCAGCCACUUACCUUUCUCCAGCACCGGGCUCCCUCUGUGCUGGGAACUCUCCACCCCUUGCCGACGUCAGAUCCGAAUGUGCAUGCGCGGCAAGAGCCACGCGUGCAUUCAAUCAUUCCAUAUGAAAGCAUUACUCAAUGCUUUCCUAUGGACGCUGGCGUCUUCUCACUGUGAUUUUCACAGUGAGAAUCGCGGAAGUGCCUCUAGCAGCUGUCAGUGAGACAGCCACUAGAGGCUGGAUUAACCCUCAGUGUAAACAUAGCAGUUGUUAGCAUUGUUCUCAGCUGCAGGGUUAAAACUAGAGGGACCUGGCACCCAGACCACUUCAUUGAGCUGAAGUGGUCUGGGUGCCUAUAGUGGUCCUUUAAAUUAGGAAAGACACAAAUAUAGUGUAACACUGUAAAUAUUUAUUUCCCUAAAACAACUCCUAUAUGGAACUACGCAUUUCUCCCUUUAGCUCGGGGUUUCUCAAGGUAAGUCUUUCAGAGACAAGAGAGGUCUGCACCAGCUCAGCUGCUCAGAAUCGGCUUACAGAUCCUCAUUGACGAAGUGGUAACCACACCUGCUUGACUGUGUUAUACUGCACCAAUGCUUAUUUGUGGCACUUAGAGAUAAGUUCCACCACCAAAUCUUGUAAGAGUUCCAUAUAGCUUUUUUUUUUAGGGGAAUGAAUAUUUACAGUGUUACAUUAUAUUUUUGUCUUUCCUAAUUUAAUGUGGAUACCCUGGAUUGAAUCCAAUUACAAAGCACACACAGAUCACUGUUUUAUUCCCAUCAAUUUGGAAUAAUAUCCUUUUUUUCUGUUGGAACUCUUUUAAUUUGCUUUUGUGUACUCUCUGACUUUUCUCUUAUUUGUAUUGUAUUUUGAAACUUGAAAAUUGUUUCUAGCGGCUUUUUUUAUUAUUGUUUACCAUUUGUUUUAAUGACUGUUUUCAUCAUUUUCAUUGCGCUCUCUCAUUUAUAUUUGUAUUCUUGAUUUAACAUCCCCCAGCCCAGAGUGCAACAUCAAAGUAGAUAUACAUUGCAGAAGUGUAACAGGAUCAUUCAUUAAAAUGUCAAUUGCUGGGAAUUCAAAGUGAAUUUCAAAUUUUACACCAAAGCAGCUAAACUGUAGAAAUGAUCCAUUUCAAUUCUUUCCAGUUUGAACCCAUUUUGAAUUCCAAGCAAUUAACACUUUAGUGAACCCUGAUGUUGUUUGAUGUUUGAUAGACUCACACUGAUCAGCCACAACAUUAAAACCUACUUCACCACCACAGAUGAAGUGAAAAACAUUGAUUUUUGUUACAAUGACAUCUGCCACCUGUUAAGAAGUGGCAUACAUUAGGAAGUAAAUGAACAGUCAGUUCUUGCAUUUCAUGUGUUGGAAGUAGGAAAAAUUGGCAAGCGAAAAGAUCUGAGUGAUUUUGACAGAGGUGAGGAGGGACCGAUGGAUAAAAUGUCUGUGUCGAAAUGAGCUAGUAAAAGUGGUAAAGGUAAAAAGUAAAAAGAUACAGGUUCAAUCAACAUUUCAGUUUGCUACAAAGAUUAUAAUCAGUAGCAGACUGAAUUGUUGAUCGAACCUGUACCUUUUGGUGAAUUAAAGAAGGAAGUUUGAUUUAACACAAAAGUGGGGAGAAAAAUAAACAAAACUAAAUUAAGAGUUCCAACAAUAUUCUUGAUCAGAAAAAAAGGAUAUCAUUCCAAGUUGAAGGGGAUAAAACAGUGAUCUGUGUGUGCUUUCAAUUGUAUCCAAUCCAGAUGUAAUCUUGUAUCCACCUUAAAGGAACACUAUAGUGCCAGGAAAACAAACUCAUUUUCCUGGCACUAUAGGGUCAUUAGGUCCCUCCCAACCUGAGGACCCUCCUCCCGCUGUGCUGCAUGGAUUAAAACCCCUUCAGCCACUUACCUUUCUCCAGCACCGGGCUCCCUCUGUGCUGGGAACUCUCCACCCCCUGCCGAUGUCAGAUCCGAAUGUGCAUGCGCGGCAAGAGCGACGCGUGCAUUCAAUCAUUCCAUAUGAAAGCAUUACUCAAUGCAUUCCUAUGGACGCUGGCGUCUUCUCACUGUGAUUUUCACAGUGAGAAUCGCGGAAGUGCCUCUAGCAGCUGUCAGUGAGACAGCCACUAGAGGCUGGAUUAACCCUCAGUGUAAACAUAGCAGUUGUUAGCAUUGUUCUCAGCUGCAGGGUUAAAACUAGAGGGACCUGGCACCCAGACCACUUCAUUGAGCUGAAGUGGUCUGGGUGCCUAUAGUGGUCCUUUAAAUUAGGAAAGACACAAAUAUAGUGUAACACUGUAAAUAUUUAUUUCCCUAAAACAACUCCUAUAUGGAACUACGCAUUUCUCCCUUUAGCUCGGGGUUUCUCAAGGUAAGUCUUUCAGAGACAAGAGAGGUCUGCACCAUCUCAGCUGCUCAGAAUCGGCUUACAGAUCCUCAUUGACGAAGUGGUAACCACACCUGCUUGACUGUGUUAUACUGCACCAAUGCUUAUUUGUGGCACUUAGAGAUAAGUUCCAUAUAGGUUUUUUUUUUAGGGGAAUGAAUAUUUACAGUGUUACAUUAUAUUUUUGUCUUUCCUAAUUUAAUGUGGAUACCCUGGAUUGGAUCCAAUUACAAAGCACACACAGAUCACUGUUUUAUUCCCAUCAAUUUGGAAUAAUAUCCUUUUUUUCUGUUGGAACUCUUUUAAUUUGCUUUUGUGUACUCUCUGACUUUUCUCUUAUUUGUAUUGUAUUUUGAAACUUGAAAAUUGUUUCUAGCGGCUUUUUUUAUUAUUGUUUACCAUUUGUUUUAAUGACUGUUUUCAUCAUUUUCAUUGCGCUCUCUCAUUUAUAUUUGUAUUCUUGAUUUAACAUCCCCCAGCCCAGAGUGCAACAUCAACGUAGAUAUACAUUGCAGAAGUGUAACAGGAUCAUUCAUUAAAAUGUCAAUUGCUGGGAAUUCAAAGUGAAUUUCAAAUUUUACACCAAAGCAGCUAAACUGUAGAAAUGAUCCAUUUCAAUUCUUUCCAGUUUGAACCCAUUUUGAAUUCCAAGCAAUUAACACUUUAGUGAACCCUGAUGUUGUUUGAUGUUUGAUAGACUCACACUGAUCAGCCACAACAUUAAAACCUACUUCACCACCACAGAUGAAGUGAAAAACAUUGAUUUUUGUUACAAUGACAUCUGCCACCUGUUAAGAAGUGGCAUACAUUAGGAAGUAAAUGAACAGUCAGUUCUUGCAUUUCAUGUGUUGGAAGUAGGAAAAAUUGGCAAGCGAAAAGAUCUGAGUGAUUUUGACAGAGGUGAGGAGGGACCGAUGGAUAAAAUGUCUGUGUCGAAAUGAGCUAGUAAAAGUGGUAAAGGUAAAAAGUAAAAAGAUACAGGUUCAAUCAACAUUUCAGUUUGCUACAAAGAUUAUAAUCAGUAGCAGACUGAAUUGUUGAUCGAACCUGUACCUUUUGGUGAAUUAAAGAAGGAAGUUUGAUUUAACACAAAAGUGGGGAGAAAAAUAAACAAAACUAAAUUAAGAGUUCCAACAAUAUUCUUGAUCAGAAAAAAAGGAUAUCAUUCCAAGUUGAAGGGGAUAAAACAGUGAUCUGUGUGUGCUUUCAAUUGUAUCCAAUCCAGAUGUAAUCUUGUAUCCACCUUAAAGGAACACUAUAGUGCCAGGAAAACAAACUCAUUUUCCUGGCACUAUAGGGUCAUUAGGUCCCUCCCAACCUGAGGACCCUCCUCCCGCUGUGCUGCAUGGAUUAAAACCCCUUCAGCCACUUACCUUUCUCCAGCACCGGGCUCCCUCUGUGCUGGGAACUCUCCACCCCCUGCCGAUGUCAGAUCCGAAUGUGCAUGCGCGGCAAGAGCGACGCGUGCAUUCAAUCAUUCCAUAUGAAAGCAUUACUCAAUGCAUUCCUAUGGACGCUGGCGUCUUCUCACUGUGAUUUUCACAGUGAGAAUCGCGGAAGUGCCUCUAGCAGCUGUCAGUGAGACAGCCACUAGAGGCUGGAUUAACCCUCAGUGUAAACAUAGCAGUUGUUAGCAUUGUUCUCAGCUGCAGGGUUAAAACUAGAGGGACCUGGCACCCAGACCACUUCAUUGAGCUGAAGUGGUCUGGGUGCCUAUAGUGGUCCUUUAAAUUAGGAAAGACACAAAUAUAGUGUAACACUGUAAAUAUUUAUUUCCCUAAAACAACUCCUAUAUGGAACUACGCAUUUCUCCCUUUAGCUCGGGGUUUCUCAAGGUAAGUCUUUCAGAGACAAGAGAGGUCUGCACCAUCUCAGCUGCUCAGAAUCGGCUUACAGAUCCUCAUUGACGAAGUGGUAACCACACCUGCUUGACUGUGUUAUACUGCACCAAUGCUUAUUUGUGGCACUUAGAGAUAAGUUCCAUAUAGGUUUUUUUUUUAGGGGAAUGAAUAUUUACAGUGUUACAUUAUAUUUUUGUCUUUCCUAAUUUAAUGUGGAUACCCUGGAUUGGAUCCAAUUACAAAGCACACACAGAUCACUGUUUUAUUCCCAUCAAUUUGGAAUAAUAUCCUUUUUUUCUGUUGGAACUCUUUUAAUUUGCUUUUGUGUACUCUCUGACUUUUCUCUUAUUUGUAUUGUAUUUUGAAACUUGAAAAUUGUUUCUAGCGGCUUUUUUUAUUAUUGUUUACCAUUUGUUUUAAUGACUGUUUUCAUCAUUUUCAUUGCGCUCUCUCAUUUAUAUUUGUAUUCUUGAUUUAACAUCCCCCAGCCCAGAGUGCAACAUCAAAGUAGAUAUACAUUGCAGAAGUGUAACAGGAUCAUUCAUUAAAAUGUCAAUUGCUGGGAAUUCAAAGUGAAUUUCAAAUUUUACACCAAAGCAGCUAAACUGUAGAAAUGAUCCAUUUCAAUUCUUUCCAGUUUGAACCCAUUUUGAAUUCCAAGCAAUUAACACUUUAGUGAACCCUGAUGUUGUUCGAUGUUUGAUAGACUCACACUGAUCAGCCACAACAUUAAAACCUACUUCACCACCACAGGUGAAGUGAAAAACAUUGAUUUUUGUUACAAUGACAUCUGCCACCUGUUAAGAAGUGGGAUACAUUAGGAAGUAAAUGAACAGUCAGUUCUUGCAUUUCAUGUGUUGGAAGUAGGAAAAAUUGGCAAGCGAAAAGAUCUGAGUGAUUUUGACAAGGGCCAACUAGUGAUGGCUAGAAGAGGCAGUGUUAUGCUUUUUAGCGAAUUAAUACACUUGGUGAUUUAUUAAGUGAUUUAGUAAGUGAGAUAUAGAGGUGUCGAUUUUUUUCCAGUAUGGGACUUAACCCCUUAAGGACACAUGACAUGUGUGACAUGUCAUGAUUCCCUUUUAUUCCAGAAGUUUGGUCCUUAAGGGGUUAAAGGGGCACUCAAACCACAAAAACAACCUUAGAUCAAUCAAGUAGUAUUGGUGCAUACAUCAUGUUCCUGAUUUGUUACUGCUUAAUUCUCUACCAUUUACGAGUUAAAGGAACACUUCACUGCCAAAACAAAAUAAAAAAUUUCUGUAUAGACUUUCUAUGGCUAUCCAAUCACUGACUUCCGAAUGCAGCUCAAUGAGAAAUCUUUGCAAGGCAGGGGGUUUUAGUAACUGUCUACUUCUUCCCAUAUAAAAUACUUUGGCAAACUGCUUUAGGGUUCUGGAGUGUCCCUUUAAAUCACUUUGUUUUUGUAGCCCUAGCCACACCUGUGUCUCAUACAACUUCCUUACUCACUUUCUGAAAAAGAGUCGGUUUCUUUAGAAUGUAUUAUUUAUUGCUCUGUUAAUUGCCUGCUAGAGCCUGCGACAAGCUUAUAUGUGUGAAAAGGACCACUAGAGUUACCAAGGCCAUUUUGUCUCAAUGAAGUGCCCUGGGCCCAGAGGACCUUUGGUUUUUACUCUGCAGUGUAAAACAUUGCAGUCUUUUUUAGAAACCAUAUUGUUUACAUUGCAGGGUUAAAUUCUCCUCUAGUUGCUAACAUACUGACAGCUGCUAGAGAUGCUUCCACAGCACUGACCAAGUAAAUCUUAGUCAUGUUAUGCUUAAGUACCCACAGAAAAGAUUCAAUGCUUUCCUAUGGGGAUGCUUGAAUACACAAAUGGCUCUCACCUCGCAUGUGCAUCAUGUCCCUAGUGCUUGGAUUGGACCAUAAUAGAAGGAACUAUGCCAUUGCCAAAGGCUGAGCGGUAAGCAGUGCAGAGGAAGCAUCAAGGCUGGAAAAAGGUGAGUAAAAAUCUUUAUUUUAUUAAUUUGUUUGCACACAUGAUCAGAGGGGACCUAUCUAACCAAUGACAGGAAUACUAAAGCAUUAGGAAAACAGAACAGGAGAUAAGAACAUCGAAAGUAGGUGUAGGCAACCUUCAGCACUCCAGAUGUUGUGAACUACAUGUGGAGGGCCCGUGCAUGCCUACCCAUGUUCUAAAGUAAACUGAGCUGCAAGAUUUGAUUGAAAAUAGUCUAUUGUUCUCUUCAUGUAGGCUGUGUGAGCAACACGGUGAUUUAACUCCUAAAUGGCAGAUCAUUGAGCAGUGAAACUAUUGGGGCAUGAUCUAUACACCACAACUGCCACAUUCUGUUUUGAUGCUUGUAUCCAUUGUGACAAACAUUGUCCUUUGUAGUCAAAGGUUGAUUUGUCUGGGACCUUUAAUUAACCACUGUGUUCUAGGGUAAGCAGCAACACAGGCCAAACUCUAACACUGGGUUCAGGCAUUUUAUUUGCUUUAACAAUUCAGCUAGUGAAUUAUAAAACACACCAAAUAAACCCUUCCUCUUUCUUGAACUCUAACUAUACAAAGAAUUAUCUAACUAUAGUUGGCAUUUCCACUUUCUAACAAAAAUAGCAAUGCAAUAGACCAGGGGUGCACAAAAGAUAGAUUCCAAGAUGGUUUAAAACUACACCUUCCAUGAUGCUUUGUCAUUCUAAAGGCAUCCAAAGUUUCAUGGGAGCUGUACUUCUACAACAUCUACCCUUUGGGCACCCCUGCAAUAGACAAAUCUCAGUUUGUAGCAGACCAGCUACCUUGGCUGGAAUAUCAGACUUAAAGUGAAAUGACCCAGACUGGUCCAAAAUACACUGGUAAUUAGGUAAGUAAUUGGAAACUGGCUUCACCAGCAGACACUCCACUAUUAAGUGCAAAACCUCGUCUGGAUGCUUCCAUGGGAAUUGAACAGUUAGAAGAGAGAGGUAGAAUUUUGCUGGUUUUAUAUAUCUUCCAUCCACAAUUACACAACAUUCCUUCUCACAUCUAUUAAUACUUUUAUUCUAUGUAUAGGUAUAACACCAAAGAAUAGCUUUUUUAAUACCCGUAAAGCAGUAACACGAUCUAGUAAUUAAAAAAUGGCAUUGUGGUUUCUAUGGUUUACUGUAGAGCAAUUUUGCAACACUGGACAUUAAUCAUAUGACUUAAAAUGAGGCAUGUAAUAUUUUUUAUUUGUUCUUGAACCCCCAGGACAUACUUAAAGGCAAAAUAAAACUCAAUGUAUCCUUCGAGGAAAAAUACUUUAUCUAAAAUGAACAAACUCAUAAUAAGCAAUAUCUAUCCAAUUAAUUAAAUAUGUAUUGUCCCCUUUAAAUCUAAAUGGCAAAACUGAGUCAAAACUAGCCAAGUGGUAGCUAUGGCUGAGUUGGAGUAUUUUUGCAGAUCAGCAAUUUUGAAUUAAUUCCUAAUUUUUUUCAGCUAGAUUUUAUUUGUGAAAAUGAACCAUAAAAGCAUGCAAAAUGUGAUAAAACACACUGUAAAUAAUGUACACCCUUAAAGUGUAAAUGAAAAACAGAAUAUUAUACUUAUGGACAGAAUGUACUGUAGUUCAGGGGUGCUAUAGUCCUGCAACAACAAAAUACAAAACAUAGUGUGUACUAUAAACAGAAAAAUAAUCGAUAGUAGCACUCACGGAUUUUAGAGCUGUGCGAGGCUCUGUAUAAUGAGCCCAAUGGUGCCUAAAUAGGCAAAGGAAACCACUUGUAGGUGACUCCAGGAGAGGGAUUCUCAAUGAUGCGCCAGGAACACUAGACUAGUCAAAUCAAAUUUAUUUCCAAACACAGUAGAUUGUGGUCACCAUUUCCAUAGGAUGAGGAAGCAAACAGAUGGAAUUGUUGUAUAUGCUGCUAACCCUUUCUUAUAAUGACUACACAGACUUGUAAUUGUGAAAAUACAGAGUUCAGUUGAUAACCCCUAUAUAUAUAUAUAUAUAUAUAUAUAUAUAUAUAUAUAUAUAUAUAUAUAUAUAUAUAUAUUACAUCAGAGUCUUAUGAGAGUGAUAUUAAAAGCAUAUCGAUCUAUUGCCAACCAAAUAUGAAAAACUGGGCAGAGCUGAUCAAAAAAGGUUUUAAAUGAAUUUUUACUGCAUAUCUAUAAUUCAUUAUUCAGCAGUAUGUUAAAAUGUCAUUAUAGUUUGUUAAUUCUUAAAAUAAAUGCAUGCUUUAAAGAAUUAUAAAAAUCAUCUAUUUUAUAGACUGUUUUUUCAGAAACUACUUAGUUUUCAGUUGAAGUUUUGUCAAACCCCUAGUUAAUUGUUUGGAAUUCAAUGUGAAUUGGAAGUGAUUAACAUAGAAACAUAGAAUGUGAUGGCAGAUAGGAACCAUUCUGCACAUCUAGUCUGCCCAGUUUUCUAAAUACUUUCAUUAGUCCCUAGCCUUAUGUUAUAGUUAGGAUAGCCUUAUGCCUAUCCCACGAAUGCUUAAACUCCUUUACUGUGUUAACCUCUACCACUUUAGCUGGAAGGCUGUUCCAUGCAUCCACUACCCUCUCAGUAUAGUAAUACUUCCUGAUAUUAUUUUUAAACCUUUUCCCCUCUAAUUUAAAACUAUUUCCUCUUGUUGUGGCAGUUUUUCUUCUUUUAAAUAUAGUCUCCUCCUUUACUGUGUUGAUUCCCUUUAUAUAUUUAAAUGUUUCUAUCAUAUCCCCCCUGUCUUGUCUUUCCUCCAAGCUAUACAUGUUAAGUUCCUUUAACCUUUCCUUGUAAGUUUUCUCCUGCAAUCCAUGAACCAGUUUAGUAGCCCUUCUCUAAACUCUCUCUAAAGUAUCAAUAUCCUUCUGGAGAUACGGUCUCCAGUACUGCGUACAAUACUCCAAGUGAAGUCUCACCAGUGUUCUGUACAAUGGCAUGAUCACUUCCCUCUUUCUACUGCUAAUACCUCUCCCUAUACAACCAAGCAUUCUGUUAGCAUUUCCUGCUGCUCUAUUACAUUGUCUGCCUACCUUUAAGUCAUCUUAAAUAAUUACCCCUAAAUCUCUUUCCUCAGAUGAUUAAGGUCAAAUUUUAUUUAAGUAGAUGAAUUGGAAACAUAGUGACUUGCAGAAUGUGUUCAGUUCCGCUGCUUUGGCCUUAAAGCAGCAUUGUCAACCCCAAAUCCAACUGCAAUAUUAGUAUUUCAUAGAGAUAAAAUCAUUAUGGAAUACUCAUAUUGCCUAGAUUGGAAUUUCAGUGAAAUUCCUAGAUAGUCAAGAGAUACAGAAUAAAACACAAUUGUGAAAAUAGGCGCUCAACAUGAUAAAAUGUGGGUCAAUAAAUAAAUAAUCAGUUGCACUCAAAAUAUCCUAUUAAACUGUGUAUCUCUCUGAACAGUAAGGAAAUAGAAAUAAAAAGCAACAAUAGGGGUGUAUUAUUUUAAAUAAUUACUUUUGAUAAAUAUCACUUAAUUUAAAAGAGCAAAUCCCUAUUGUUACUUUUUAUUUUUAGUUAAAAGAUAUACCGAGACAAAGUAUUUUUCCUAUGCUUGACACUUCAUGACACUGGACAUGAUGGCUACCAUCAUCAAGAAGUGUCAAUCCCCCAGUCAUCACCAGUGCAGGGAAAUUGAGUCUAUCUAUGGAGGAUUCCACAGUGUCCUCCAUAGACCUUACUGCUAUACUAUCAUGCAUGUGCAAAAAGAGUACUGGCUGGAAGAGAAUGGUGGUGCCCGCGAGGGACAGUUUCAGGCAAGUUAGCACCGAUGUAAUUAUCGUGGGUCUUUGCAAAUUAGUAAAUUCCCUUUGAAUUUCCGACAAUUCUCAAUUUACUAAAUAGUAUUUACUAUAAGUCUAAUUGAAAAAUAAAAAAAAAUCUACUAAUGAGACAAAUUACCGAAUGUCGUUUAAUCAAACUGAACAUGAAUAGCACAGUCCUAACAAUAAAUAAGUACAAAGGCCCAUUGAGCUACUAAAGUAAUAGUGUAAAAAAUAAAGCAUGUCCUCUACUCGCCUUACUCCUUGCUCCAUCACUUGUACGGUGGCACAAAGAUUUACUGUUAAGAUGAAUAUAUUUUUUUAGGUUUUUAGGUAUUUUUCUGUUAUUUAAGAGUAUUGUUCAGCAUCACAAAUACUUAAGACUCCAUUCACUUAGUAGUAGUUCGACACUGCAGUUAAUGGAUGACAUAAUGACAUCAUAAAUUAUGGACAAAGUCCCUAGUGACUAAUUCGUCCAUUUAUUAAUGUAUGCCUACAUUUCAUAGCCUUGUACAUAGGGGAAGGGUCAAAGGGUAGGUGUGGGCUUAUUUAACUAAAGUAACCACACAGCAAAUGGAAUGAGGAAAUGUGAGAAUACCUGGGGAUUCCUACUGAUUAGUAUGGGUGCAAUCAACUCUCACAGAAAUAUGUGUACAUAGCACCUCUAACAUUACGAGGAAGCAGGUGCCUAUGUGGUGAUUUCCAGCAUACUGCACAUAGCACAAGGCAAGAAUAGGCACCAACCUGUGUCUUCUUAUUCGUUAUUAAAAAACCUGAAGGCCCUUUCUCCUUUAUUCAUCUAGUAGCUAUUUACAUUUAGUUGUUUUUUUCAUACAGUGCCUACUGACAGUUCUAACAGCUAGUCAUAUUUUAUGCUUGUUGCGUUCAGAAGUUACGCUCCCCCUCACAUUUGCAAUCUGAUUGACAAUGUGCUGCAUAGUGUUUAAACCCCAAAGUAAAUUUCAGCUUUGAUUCCAUGAGAAGAAAAUCGCGGUUGUUUAUACGUACAGUGAGAAGCAUAAAUAAUGUAGUGAUUUUUUUUCCUGAUUAAAGGAUGCCGUACUGUGAGGCUUUUUUGUCCUUGUGUUUCCAGCCCACCCAAUAAAUAAUUGGUUUGUUAGGCUAGGGCAAGGAUGAAUAUAGUGGUAGGUGGACAUUAUCUGCUUCCAUUCUGGAUAUAUGCUACAUUGUCACAGGAAAGGCUGGAGCAAUAAACUGAGAGAACUAGCUGUAAUUGUUGGUCAGUAUCGAAUAACUCUGAAGCAUUAGCAAGGAGUAACACUACUUCCAAGCCAAGCAGCUCAGGAAACAUAAACACUAUAUAAUAUAUAAUUCUUCAAGAAUGGAAUAUUAAUAUUUCUUUAUGAACUGAAUCAUCUAAUUUCCAUGCUUACAGAAAACAAGGUAAUUCAAAAAAGUAGGUAUUUAAUGCAAACUGAAUAUCUGAACAUCUUUGAAAAAGACAAUGUGAUUUGAUACAAACAUGGAACAAAUGUCACACAAACACUCUGCAGCCACUACAAACACAUACACACACACACACACACACACUGCAUCCACUAUACACAUAAACACACACCUUGCAUCUAGAAUAUACAUACACACACAUCAUCCUAUAUUGAAAUUCACAUAUAAUGUGUCUUAUUCUGUUCUCAUGUGAUGCUCCAUUUUGUUUUCUAAUUUACAUUAAAUAAUUAGAAAAUGGCAUCACAAUCUUGUUCAGUCCAGGCACAGUCAGGAAGAGAGACAAAAACACUGUUUACAUUUUCUGCAUCUCUGUAUGGUUUCUUUAUGCUGACUGCCCUAACCAAAAGAGAGAGCUAACAACGUUUGACAGGGAGCUAAAUGGAUUUGGACCUUUUAGUUUUAUUCUUUGCUCCUCACAAAUACAUAAUUGUUAAAUAUGUGAAGAGAGAGUCCUUUUUUUCUUAUUUUACAAAAAGUGCAGAUUUCUAUAGAAUUUGAUACUUUUUAUAAAUUGACCUUGUUGCACCCCUCUGGCUAUCAAUCAGACAACUGCUCAUUUUACUAAACGCAAGAGGCCGGCAAUUGCACCUGCCUUGCACAGACUUCUCAUUGAGCUGCAUAAGUAAGUCUUUGAUUGGAUAGUUAUGGUAAGUCUGGGCUGGCUUAGAAGGGGAGGGUUUCAAAAGGUAUUAGAUAAGCAGGCUGCUUUUAGAAUGCCUUAAUGAAACAACGCAUAAAUAAAUGCAUACAUGUUUUGAUUGGGUGUAUAUUUAUUUUUGUAUUUGGGCAGGGAAAUGUUCGGUUAAGUAAGACAUUGUGUAGCAAAGUCUGUGUAAUUAUUCCAGAACCUGGCUUAAGCUUACCUUCCUUCUGAUAAAACCUGCACACUUCAUCUUCCAAGGGGAAGAUUAAAUUAGAGUGCACAGGAGAAAUCGUGCAAAGGUUGCUUUCGGUGAGAGAAACGUGAAAAGAUGACUUAUUUUUCAUAAGUUGAUAAAAAAAUUAAUUUACAUUGUUCUAUAUGUUGCAGUUUAACCCUUUAAUGUUUCCAUUGCAUCACUAAAAUCUGGUCCUUGAAGCCAAGCUUGCUAGAUAUAAUUUAGACAUUUUGAUAUUCCUGAUCAGAGUAAAGUCUCCAAGGAACAGUUUCAAAUGGUGACAAAUACUAUCAGUGGUCUUUAAUAGUUUAAAAUUGUAUUGCAUAAGAUAAAUAUUUAUCCAAGACACAUUGCUUGAUUUUUGAAUGCAUUAUUUUAUACUCAUUUGUUUCUUCAUUUGUAUUUAUUUAUUUUUUAGAAAUCAAGCCAUUUUUUCCUGGGGCAGAAUAUCAUACCUGCAUUACUUCAUUUAUGUCUGGAAGAUUAAAGCACUCAUCCCAUUCCUGUCCAUAUCUAUAAAGUUGCCUACAACUUUCAAGGAUUUUAUGAGGAGCCUUGUUGCAUGGGAUCUGUAUUACCGCUGUAAAUCUCUUUGAAUUUUUAUCUUACAAAAGAUAGAGUGUGCAAAUAUGACCCACUUACAAUCUGGACUCAGUCCAGAGACUGUAGAUAAAGCUCGUUUGGAAUUAAAUGAGAACCCAGACACAUUACAUCAGGAUAUUCAACAAGUCAGGGACAUGAUUAUAACUAGACCAGAUAUUGGGUUCUUACGGACGGAUGAUGCCUUCAUCUUAAGAUUUCUACGAGCCAGGAAAUUUAAUCAGAUGGAGGCUUUCAGACUUCUUGCUCAAUACUUCCAGUACCGUCAACUUAACUUGGACAUGUUCAAAAAUUUCAAAGCGGAUGAUCCAGGUAUUAAACGGGCGCUUAUGGAUGGAUUUCCGGGUGUGCUUGAAAACCGGGACCACUAUGGUCGAAAGAUUCUCCUGCUUUUUGCAGCCAACUGGGAUCAGAGUAGGUAAAUGUAGAUAGAAUCUUAAUCUUUUCCAAACAAUCUCAUAUUAUGAAAAUGUGUUUUAAAUUACCGAACGCAAAAAUAUGAUGUUUUUAUUGUGUCAGAUAUACAGAAGUGUGUGGAAUGUGUUCGUCUUAGGCCAGUUUGUCGAUGUAGCAGGUUAGGAAUUGUUAUAAACUGAUCCAUUCAUUUCACUACUUAAAUUCUGGAAGUUUGUAGAAGCAGUGAAAUUUAAAUUUUUUUUUUUUUUUUUUUAUUUUUUUUUAUAAGCAUGUAUGUUAAUGCACUAUUUAAAGAUAUAAUAGGCAUUAUUUAUGAAGCACAAUUAUUCCCAUUACAAAGCAUUGUAUUGUCUGUGCUGAUUUGCUAUUUUUAAAACUUUUCUCCAGAACUGCGCUUUACAAACAUUUAUUGGCUGAAGUAUAGAAUGCAGGUCUUCAUGUGUUAAAUGAAUACUCCAAGAACCAUAACCAUCAUAAUGAACUGUAAUGGUUGUGUUGCUUUUAGUGUCCUGGCCUACCCCAAUAUGAAGCUUUGUCCUAGGAGGUUCUAUUAGCUCUCCUGAGCUUAGACCUGCUCCUGAGCUUAGACCUGCAUCUAGCAUCUGCAUCUACAGCAUUAGCUGUAUUCUCAGCCAGUGAUCUAAGUUCUGCACCACCAGUCUUAUUUCACAUCUGAGGGCUUCCAGCUAAGAACUGGGGAUGAGUGCCUGGCAGACCACAGGUAUGAAGACAUUCCAUUCUAAAAUGGCUUCACUACUCACAAUGUGGAUCACCAGGGCAUUCCUUGCAACAUACCCACUACAGUUGGCGGUAGUGCUUACAGUGCUUGGAGUGUUCCUUAAAAUCACAAAUAAUUAAUAUUCCUUUUGAACCAUAACCCCUUCACUACCAAUCAGUUUGCAGAAAAAUCAUGCCCAGUAAUUUGGAUGCCCUGAAAAGUAAAGUUUAAAUGUGUUUUUUUUUGUUUGUUUGUUUCAGUAUGCAUAGAAAGCACAUUUUAAAAUUAAAACAAACAUUUUGAUUGGAAAUAAAACCUUACAAAAAUAUUGAAGAAAUAAUGAAGCAACAGGCGAGGAAACAGUGUUGUAAAUAAGUGUGUGUGUGUAUAUAUAUUGUAUAAUUAUAAUAUAUGUUGUUACAUUGCCAUGACGUUACCCAUAACAUAUCACCAUCAUUGCAGCCAUGUUACUACUUUAGGCACACACAUAUAUACACUCAUACAUGCACAUAUAUAAAUACUCUGAUACACGCACAGAUAUACACUCGUUCAUGUGCACUCAUUAAUCGAUGAAUCACUGAUACAACUGGCAGAAAGACAAACACACACAGUUAUUCACUGCUGCCACAAAGACACACAUUCUCAAACACACACAGAUAAAGACAUAUACACAUUCAUGCUGACAGACACACACUGUCACACAUACACUGCCAAUAACACACACCGUCAGACACAUAUGCAUGCACACAGACGUACACACACACACACACACACACUGUUAGAACACACACCACACACAUUUAUCAUGGUGUAGUAGUGAUAAUGUGCUGUAAAUCAUGACAGCAGCCAUCAUGCUGUUUCCCUGCUCCAUUAUCAUCACAUAGUAAUGGAGCAGGGGAGUGUGCACUGGCUGCUGUCAGGAUUUACAGCACACUUUCACUGUGCCUUCUGCCCUCAGCCAGCUUUUCUAAAUGCUAUCAGCCUCAGUCACCCUCUGAUUACCUUUACCAUCAUGGAGGAUAGCUCCUCACAUGCUCCCUGUGAAUACAGGGAUACAGCAGAGGAACAGUGACAGCCCCCCUUCAUACGCUGGCAAUCGUGUAUACACAAGUUCCAAUGUGAAGGGGUUAAUGGAGUCUCUUUAUUUAGGUCAUGGGUAAAAUAAUGUUAAACUCAUUUUAUACAGUCAGUAGUGUAAAUAUAUUAAUUGUUAUGAAAAAUAUAUAAGUACAUAAUGAGCAAAUUCCUCAAUAUUGUUAUACAAAUAUUUACAUUUCUGUAAAUGCACUAUUAUUUAUAUAUAUAUAUAUAUAUAUAUAUAAUUAAAAAUGAACUACUCUAUCAUUUAGAGAGCAUUUCCAUGUUAGUAAUUAAAGCGGCACUGUCAUGCCGAACUUACCUUUCCCAAUUGAUUCCUCUUCACUCCCUCUGUCCGGCUCUGUUCUUCAUUUCUUCCUGUCUGCUCUAGUUUUCUUUAGAACAUAGGACAAAGUAGAGACUUUUUGUCUUAUGGGGGUUUCCUACGCCUGACCGUCUAUGACCAGCAGAGGAGCAAAGUGUGCUUCAUUUCCUGUGGUCAGAGCGAUUUCCCACAAUUCUCACCUUUCCUCCGUGAUCUCGCGAUGCCUCCUUUCACUAUUUUCACUAUUUCCGAAUGUACUGAAUUUCAUCCUAACAGAAUGAGAACAGUUUCUCCAUUCAUGUUAGGACGCAAUUCGGGACUUUGUUCGGAGCAGAAUUGUAUUUGAAUUAAUGAAAUUCCGAUCUAUUCGUGCCGUGAUCUAUUCCCAUGGUAUUAGGGAGCUAUCUACCACAAGGCUGAAAGAUCUAAAUUGGUAUUUUAGUCAAAUUUACUAAAACUAAGUAAAGAUUACUCAGUAUUAGUAAAUUCUGCCCCUACUCGCGAUAUCGAGAGUAGGGGUAUGUCUACUAAACAUUAAGCAGCAUGUGGCUGCUUACUGUUGUAAAAAAAAGAAGCCCCCUACUGAGCCCCCACCCGUGCUGCAUGAGUGGGGGCUAUUAAACUGAAUGAGGGACCUAGCGGGGGAUCCAUGAGUGGUGGGUGGAGGCCCUGAAUGAAAAUGGGGGGACCUAUUGUCCUCCCCCCAGGCCCCACCCAUGAGCGGCGGGUGGGUGCCCUGAAUGACAAUGGGGGGACCUAUUGUCCUCCCCCCAGGCCCCCACCCAUGAGCGGCUGAUGGGGGCCCUGAAUGACAAUGGAGGGGGGGACCUAUUGUCCUCCCUCCUGGCCCCCACCCAUGAGCGUCGGGUGAGGGGCCCUAAAUGACAAUGGCCUGUCAGUCUCUUCAUAUACCUGUCAGAGCACACUGAUUGGUUGGCUUGGAAUCAACCAAUCAGAGUACUUUAAGUCAUAUUGCAGGGUGUGGUUAGGCUUCAACCCAUCAUUGGAUCAUUGAAACUCCCCAAUGUGAGAUCUUGCAUGGAGCACCAGACCGAGGGAGACUGACAGUUAUUUUGUGUUUCUUCCAAUUGCGAAUAAUUGAACCAACUGUUGUCACCUUCACACCAAGCUGCUUGGCCAUGGUCGUGUAGCCCAUUCCAGCCUUGUGUAGGUCUUCAAUCUUGUCCCUGACAUUCUUGGAUAGCUCUUUGGUCUUGGCCAUGGUAGAGAGUUUGGAAUCUGAUUGCUUCUGUGGACAGGUGUCUUUUAUACCGGUAACAAGCUGAUAUUAGGAGCACUCCCUUUAAGAAAGUGCUCCUAAUCUCAGUUCGUUACCUGUAUAAAAGACACCUGGGAGCCAGAAAUCUUGCCGAUUGAUAGGGGAUCAAAUACUUAUUUCACUCAUUGACAUGCAAAUCAAUUUAUAACUUUUUUUACAUGCGUUUUUCUGGAUUUUUUGUUAUUCGGUUUCUCACUGUUAAAAUACACCUACCAUUAAAAUUAUAGACUGAUAAUUUCUUUGUCAGUGGGCAAACGUUGAAAAUCAGCAGGGGAUCAAGUACUUCCCUCACUGUAUCCUUGGAGAAUUGGUAAUAUACAUACAAUUUUUAAAGAAAACAUGAGUGAGCAGGCAAAACACAUUUAUUUUAUUUGUUAUGGGACUCAAUCCCAUAAAACAAAACAUGGCCCAAAAAAUAAUGAAAUGACCACUGUUCAAAAGUCAGCAUACCCUUAGUUCUUAAUACUGCGUAUUGUCCUCUUUAGCAUCAAUGACAGUGUGCAGUCUUUUGUAAUAGUGGUCAAUGAGGCCCCUAAUUCUUGCAGGUGGCAUAGCUGCCCAUUCAUCUUGGCAAAAUGCCUCCAGGUCAUGCAAAGUCUCUGAUAGCAAAAAAAAAGAGGGAUCCGCACUUUCAUCACCUGUAGAUCUUGGUGCACUUUACCUAGGGCUGGCAAACCCCUAAUCCAUAUAGUAACGGUAAAGUAGCCCAUACAUCAGCGAAUUUAUUGGAAAAAACAUGACCGAUACAGCCACAUUUCGAUCUCUUCAGGGAUCUUUAUCAAUCUUGUUUAAAGAUGAAUAUACUUAUUUCAUUCAGUCUUUCUGCAAUGAGUCUUUUUUUGUUUGUUUGUUUUGGGCACAUUUUUUAAAUGUUAUCUUUUUGUUUGAAUUAAACUUUUAGUUGUAUCUAUUGCAUUUGCGUUGAAAUUUACUUAGAAUUGCUUGGAUCACAGGAACAGUGUAAUUUAUAUAUUAUAUAUCAAUUUCAUAUAUUUCUCUUGUGUUCCACCUCGAUUUAUCAUCCUACAUAGAACUUUCUGUGUGUCUCAUUUAAGCUAGGGCACAUUGCACUCAUUUUUCUCCAGAUGUUCUAGACGUAACAGACGUAGAAAACCGCGGGGCGUUUUGAUGAAUGUUAACUAUUUCUGUGCGUCUACUGAUUCCCUAGAAUGAUGGGAAUUGGAGGGUUGAAUCCCAUACUACUAAACAUUACUGUUAAAAUUGACAAAUAAAAUGAUAGAUAUAAAAUAGGCUGACAAGUGCCCAAUCCCGUUAAUAUAUUGUUGUACGUCUUUGUGUGUUUUGCAGUCGUUUCCCAAACUGCAGUAAAACACCCCAAGAGGUUUAGAAGCAAUAACCGCAGCAAUUUCUCCUGCAUUGUAUCUUUUCCAAUCUCCUCUACCUCUGCAGUGCUUUGAUGGGAUGUCUUCUGAUGAUAAUGUAAUUUUCAGUUCUGUACAGGCGCAUCAUUAUAUCUCUUAUUUGUAAACCAGCUACUCCCAUUGCGACCAGGAAAAGAUGAUGAGAGAUACUUAAAACCCUGUUGCACAGAAUAUAUAACAUUUCUUAUAGCUUGGGAAGCAUAGCACAAUAACUUUGGAGAUUAACAUGUCCCACAAUAUAAGCAUGUAGUUUGCAGUACUCUGACUUCUAAAAGCAUAUAUUUAUUUGGGGUUCUUGAAAAACUAUCAGAAUCUCUUUACAUUUUCAUUGCAAUUUGUAUUACAAAAUCCAGUUUUGUGUUGUAUUUUUUUUAAGUGUCUGCAGCAUGGUUUAGACUCACCGCACUAGGUACCAAAUGUACACAGAAAGUGAAUACGCUCCAAAUUAAUGUUAACUCUUAGGGAAAUUACAUGCUUUGCAAAUAGACUUGACUUAUUUUAGAAUUUACUAUUUAAAUAUAUCAUACUCACAAUUCAAUUACCCCCUACACGGUAAAGCACAUUCCCUCAAACUACAGCACAAGGCCUCACUAUAUCCCCAAAACAAUGCACCCCACUUUCUUCCCUGUAGAGCACUAUUCAUUUUCCAGCAGUUCAGUGUGUCCAUCCUUCCCAACAUGCUUCUGUCUCAAAGCACAUUGGUCCCUCUCUAUAAUACAGCCCCCCCCUCAUGUAACUUUGCAAUCAAGCAAGUGUAAAUAAUUGUGGAUUUGUAUUAUCAGCAGGUAUUUAUUGAAGUAUUGAAAUAGCUUAUUACAUGAACGUUCCUUUGACAGUUUGGUUACUUUAAAACUGAUCUGGUAUUAAGAUAAAAUAUUGCUUUAGAGAUGUAUUUAGUUUGCCGAUUGCUUUCUUUUAUGGAGUUUGUAUAUACUUUUUUUCUGAACUUAUACACUGUACGUAGCAAACAACUGGUUUUUUUAUAUUUUUUGUGGCCUUCAACCAGUUCAUGAGCACCACAACUUCUUGGGUACAACUCAUACAUGUUCUCAAACCAAUGUUUAAGGAACUCCAGCAAUCCAUGUUUUGACAGUUCUCUCAUAAAAACAGAUUUGUGAAAUACCUAAAUCUUGGCUUGUUGGUAUGCUAUGAGGUCUGGGUUGGAACCACUGUCCUUGCUACUCCAUUGAUUAGUGCAUAGCUGACCAAUUUUGGACCAUCACCAGCAAGUAUACUAAUACAAGUUCCAGCAAAGUUGUGAGUUGAUCACCAGUUUUACAACUGGCUAACCAGGUCUCUAAAAUGCCAAGUCAUACGAACUUUGCAUCUUUGGGACCUUGCUAUAGUUAAUUGUGACAUCUUUAAUCCAAAAGUUUUAAAGUGAAUAGCUAGACUGAUGAAACACAAGAGUUUAUUUUUUUUUUUUAUUAUCUAUAAAUAAAUAUCUUGUAGCCAUGUGAAAGCCAUGUGUUUUUUAUAGGGCAGGACAGCUGUAACCAACACCUCCAAUCUCAUCUCAUUGAUUGGACUCCAGUUGGCUAACAUCUCACUCCAAUUAGCUCUUGGAGAUGUCAUUAGUCUAGGGGUUCACAUACUUUUUCCACCUGCACUGUGAAUGUUUACAUGGUGUGUUCAAUAAAAACAUGGCAACAUUUCAUUCUUUAUGUGUUAUUAGUUUAAGCAGACCGUGAUUGUCUAUUGUUGUGACUUAGAUGAUGAUCAGAUCACAUUUUAUGACCAAUUUGUGCAGAAAUCCAUUCAUUCCAAAGGGUUCACAUACUGUUUCUUGCAACUGUAUCUCUCCAUAUAGGACGGGUGCUGACCACAGUAUAAUAAAUUGGUGUAGCAUGCUAGGUAAACUAUUAAUAACAAACAGUAACUGGAGCAUAGUAAAAUUAAGCAGGUCAUCCGGACCGCGGUGGUCUGAAUCUUAAGGGACUCAGAUGGUAGGCGACAGGUCUAUGGGUAUGAGAGAGUCACCAGUCAGCUGACACCCAUGAUCGGAAAGUUCAAGGAGCGUGCUGAUGUGUCGUUAAAUAACUAAGAUCGGAGCAGGAGUGCAGGCUGGAAUCCCAUGCCUACGUUGCUUGUCUUGAAACAUAGGUCUCUUAAUUAACAAGAUGUACCAACCGGGAACAUGGUGCAUAUAGUCUGCAGAUGAAUGGGACCUCUGUGGUCACUCUCAGCCAGUGAGGGACAUGUGGAAGGCAGGGAGUAAUACAACUCUGUGGUACCGUAUAACAGAGGUGUCCUUGAGUAGCCUUCAGCCCACACCGCACAGAGGCCAUGAGGAAGAGGCUUUCUCUGGGGUGCAUGUAUCCAGUAGUGGUAUGGCUAGGCAGUGUCCCAGGGUGGCUUCCCUCCAGCCCUUGGGGCCAACACCACUGAGCCACGGACUCUGGGGCUCUCUGAGUCCAAGUCCUUCCCACAAGUGGGAUUGCGUAAGGUCCUGAUGGUGUGCCACUGGUUCAGGCCCAUGGACCUCCGCUGUCGUGGACGAUGCUUUAGGGGGAAAACCCUUGGUGGCCCUCGGUCCAGGCGGGCAUACUCUGGGAGAUUUAGUCAUGGUCACUUUGCUGGUACCCAGAGGGUACCUCCCUCGCUUCCUUUCCCUAAGCCGCCCUGCAGGCUCUGCGCAUCUGUGAGCAGGAGCUGCCAUGCGUUCCCUCACCUUGGUCCAGAAGUUAGGGCGUCAUAGUGGGAUUUUGACUCUCAGCCCUGGGGAGACGGUUUUGAGAGGUGCGCGUGCUUGUGUAUGUAUAGGGCCCUGGGUAGGCCUACACUCCUCCAGGUUGUUCGUCUCUUCAGUUGCUACCAGAGGCUGAGAUGUUAGUGCUGCUUUUCUCUCCUCCAGAGAGGCCCAAAAGCGGUCAAAUAUUUCAUCCAGUCUCUUCAUAGAUUGCUGGACGUUUUUAGGGCAUUCUCUCUUAUCCUGUGUGGGUUCUGGGCCACAAGGUGGGAGUGCAGUCGCCAUCUUGACAGGGGGAGCUUCGUGUCAAGUAAGAUCAGGUACAGUGUCUUUGAUUUUCGGUGGCUGGCCAGCUUGGACCGGGAUAAGUCCCACCGGUCCAAGGGGGGGGUAGCGGGCCUGUGAUUGCCCCUUGCCAAAGUAGUGCCGUAUGCCAUGCGGGAGAGCGACUGCCUCACCCGCCCAGCUAGUUCUCCAGGCUCCGCUGGAACCUCCAUCAAAAGUUUGAUUUGGUAGAGAGGUAGGUGAGCUGGGACGCUAUAUAGCCACUUAAUUCUCCGUUUAGCUGUGGAGCUCUCGUGAAACGCGUCCAGCUACCAUGAAGCUCAGGCCCCGCCCCUUCUAAACACAUUUUACAUUAUUAAUAGAAUUUUAUAUUGGAGAACAGUUUGAAACUUGUGUAUGUUUUAUUUAUACUGUUCAUUUUGUCAUGUAAUUUAUUCAAUUGAUACCCUGAAUGGUGAUUAGUGAAGUAAAUCUUUAUUUUCCUGUAUAUACCAGCUUAAAUAUUAAGAAUCAAAAACCAAUAUAUUUUUGCCUUUAUUGCUGCUUUGUAUGGCAUGCACUGUUCUCGAUUUUAUGCAAGCUCAAUUUAUCCGAACACACUAUAUACAUUAGCUAGUUUGCAGUGGCGGAACUGAAGUAGUCCUAAUAAGGCACUGGUGCAAAAAAUAGUUUAGGCCACCGUAUCGCCACCCUAUUGCAAGAAUGUCCAAAAGGUAGAUCCCCCAACUGUUGUACAACUCCCACGAUGCUUUGCCUGUUCGAGAGCAACAAUUUGUCCAUCCUUGCAGAGUUGUAUUUAGCACUGAGCAUUGUUUGUUUGGAUGCAAUCAUGUUUUUGUAUGGAAUACGUGUUUGUGAAUAUAGGGGUGUAUUUGUGUGUAGUCUUGUGUUGUGUAUUUUUAUUUACUGUUGUCUUUUGAAAGCAAGGGUUUACUUGUGUGUAGUGUUUGCCUUUGGAUGUAGGAGUGUUUCUGUAUGUAGUGUUGAUGUUGGAUGCAGUAGUGUAUUUGUGUGGUGUUGGCAUUGAAUCCUGAGAUGUAUGCACAUAAACAUAUACACUGCCAUACACACAUGCAGACACAGAUACACACGUAUGCACAUCCAGAUACACACACAUGACACAUGUACAGAUCCAAACACUAAAACACAUAUGUAUUCACAGGUACAGACACGCAUAUACACAGACCCAAACUGACACAUGUGCAGAUACACAGACACACUAACAUAUAUAUAUAUAUAUAUAUAUAUAUAUAUAUAUAUAUAUAUAUAUCAAAAAUAGUAAUGCACUCCACCUUCCUUGAUGUACUUGCCCGGUGCUUAUCAGCAAACAGAUACAGCCAAAAGUACAAGAUAGCACUCCAGGGACUUCCAAGUUGAAUGAAUAAAACUUAGCUUUUAUUAGCUCAAAAUAAAAAUCAACGUUUCAGUCUGUAUCACAGACUUUCACUUGAAAGUCUGUGAUACAGACUGAAACGUUGAUUUUUAUUUUGAGCUAAUAAAAGCUAAGUUUUAUUCAUUCAACUUGGAAGUCCCUGGAGUGCUAUCUUGUACUUUUGGCUAUAUAUAUCUAUCAACAGACACACAUAUACACACAAUGACACACAUGCAGACACACAGAUACACACAAUGCCAUGCAUACACACACACACACACAGUGACACACAUAAAGAUACAAGGACACACAAAUACAUAGGAGCACAUAACGAAGCACAUAUACAUACUCUGACACACACUGAGACAUACAAAUACACAGAUGCACAGAAACAAACACUGACACAUACAAAUAUGCAGGCAAACACACUAACACAGAGCCACACACACUGACACACAUGCAGAUAAAGAAAUAAACACAGAUAUACACAAUGACAUUUGUACCAAUACAUACACUGACACAUAUACAGAUGCACAGACACACAGAUGCACACACUGACACACAUGCAAAUGCACAGGGACACAUAUGCACACAUACAGAUACACAGAUACAUACAGAUACACACACAUGCGCACAUACACACACAUGCAGAUACACUCCGACACAUAUACAAACUCACAGCUAGUUACACAAAGACACAGACACAUUUUAGUCACCCUCCUGUUUCCAACCUUUUGGGUGCAGGAGAGUGACUUCCCUGGGCUUUGGUCUGCUGGCUAAGGCUGUUGGGAGAUUUUGAUACUCUCCAAAUCUGUGUUUCCCUCCUCUCUGUCUUCUCCUUCCAUUGCUGGUAUUAAAGGAGCCUGGAUGUGCUGUUAAAGGGCAGCAGGUACGACUGGACCCCUGAAGACACUUUGCCAUUUAAUGUUCCUAAGUGCAUGGGCCACCCAAUGGACUCCCUCAACAUGUAGGCCCUGUUGCAGUAGUACCCCCACUGCUUUUUUGUUUAGAGUAGUUCUUCUUGUGUUACUUAUUAACGUAUCUAUUUAUUUAAAGGAAUACAUUUGUGGACAUCCUGAGGGCCAUUCUACUGUCACUGGAAGUUCUCAUUGAAGACCAGGAACUUCAAAUUAAUGGAUUUAUAUUGAUUAUAGAUUGGAGCAAUUUUUCCUUCAAGCAAGCUUCCAAACUUACUCCUUCUAUCCUCAGACUAGCUAUUGAAGGGUUACAGGUAUGUACACUGCUUACUUCCUAGUGGAAAUGGUCUAUAUGCAGCAUGAUCUUGCAUUGUUUUCCUGGGUAUUUACCAAAAUGUCAUGUGAGUGGUGGGGUGCAAGGUAAAGGCAUAUUUUAUAGGAUAAACCGUAAUAUGAAUUAUCCACUAUGCAAUGAUAUUCUCUAGAAUGACCUGGAUUGUGCAAUGCUUUUUAUUCUGAUUGUACUGGUACUUUAAGCUUGUAUCCUAUCUAUUAAACAGGUUUUGAUUUAGCUUUAUCCCACACAAGAGUUUUUGGAUUAACAUAAACAGCAUCUGUCAAAAUAAAAUAUGCAAUCUCCAUGUUUUGAUGCUGUAUUGUUUAAGGGCAGUAGUUAUUCGCUAAAUUUCUAGAAACAAAACCAAAUGGCCAUUAAAGGAACACUAUGGCAUUAGAAAUACAAACCUAUAUAGUGGUCUCCUCUUUAUUUAGAUUAAGGUUCCCCCUUAAAUCUAAAUAAAAAUUGUAAUAAAGGAUAUUGAGUCCCUGCAGUCACUCGAUUCACUUCCUGCGAUGUCAUGCCAAUGCUUCUUUCAUCCAAUUGAAAGCUCCUCUUAGAGAAGCACUGGGGAUGAAAGUACAUGAGCAGCCAGCACUUUGCUUCUCCAAUGAAAAUGAAGCUUCGCUGUGAGAACUUUUUAAACUCGGCUCUCACAGCAGAAGCAGGGUUAAAACUAAAGGACUACUUCAUCCAAAGCACGUAAUUGAGAGGAAGUAGUCCUUUAAGAUAGUGUAAGGUAAAACUUAAAUUAAAAUACUUGUGAUCUUUCAGCCAAAUUAUCUGUAGAGUAGAUAACACUUUCAUAAGGCCCUAUAUAAACUAUUUCAUAAGUGUUGAUUUUCUGAUGGUUGAUCAGAAUGUUAAAGCAUUAUAGGAAACUUUUCACUAAAUACUUUUGCAUGUUCAGAUUUGACCAGUACAACUAAGCACAUUUAAUUCAGGUGAAAUUCACUGUAUUGACAAUGAGAUAAAUCUCUAUUUAAUUGGGCCAAAUUGAAACUAGAAAAAUGUAGGCUGAAUGGCAACUGAGAGAGCCCUGAAUACAUUAAUUAUGCAUGUUCAUUUCAUUAAUAACAAAACCUGCUUUUAACAUUGAAGCAGAAUUGGCUUCCAUCUUGCACAGUUUAGCCAGUGUAUAGCUGUUGGGGGGUUAAAUAAAUGAAUGGGAGCUCCUGCCUCCUGGACUCUAGUGUAACUAUGAGGGAGCAUAGCUCCUUCUAAUACCCUCAUCUAGUGUGCGGCAUGUGAGGGUUUAAACAGAAUUAUUAGGGAUCUUCCAAUUUCUACCUAACCAGGAGGGGGUCCUGGCUCCCUAAUAUAUCUGUAGCUCUAUGCUGCAGAUGGUGGUUUAAAUAAAUGUAGCUGAGUGCUAAAUGAGGAGUUGGCACCAUUAGAGCACUCCAUUGGCACUUAUCCUAAUUUAACCUUCACCUUGAACAACAGGCUGCCCAAGAAAAUCCAGCUUCUAUAUUUCAUAUAGAGUGGUGGUUCCCAACUCAGUCCUCAAGUACCCUCUAACAGUCCAGGAUUCAGGAAUUACCCAGUUGUGUCUAAGAUGUUUUUAGGAAAGGAGAAAAGAACACUUGACACAACAGGGUAAUACCUAAAUCCUGGACUGGUACUUGAGGACUGGGUUGGGAACCACUGAUGAGUGAUCCCCACAGGUAAAGAAUAGCUACAACUAGCAGGGCUGAUUUCUAGUGUAACCAAUUGUAGCCUAAUAUAUACAUUUGAAAGUGAUAAUGGAGCGUUUUUAAAUUCUAUCAAAACCUUUCAGGUAGGCGCUGAUUUGUCUUCUAUUUGUAUUUAGUGGCGACAUCCAGUAUUCUAGAUGCAAUGUCCAAACAGGAGAAAUAUUUUUAAAUCAUAAACAAAAGAACUAGAAUCUCAAAAAAGCCAAAUAAUAGAGUUGUUUAGUUGUUUGAGCUUUGCAGAAUUAUCUAGAGUGUAAAACAGCAUGCUUAUGGCAAGUCUGUUCAGUGGCAGAAAUUUAAGAAGUCUGUCAGCACUUGUUGCUGUGAAUAAAAGGUCUUUGUCUCAAUGCAGAAUAAUCUGAUAGACCUCUCACAGUUUGGUCCAUAUUCAGCUGCUAGUCAUAGACAAGUUUGAUAGGGACCUUUAAAAUAAUGAAUUAUCAUUUUUAUCUUGAAGGCAACAGAGUAAUUACUCUGUUACGAGGACAUUCAAAUUGGCAUAUACUUUCAAAAAAAUCUUUGGACAAAAAUUUCUCACAUUUUUUUUCCUCUUCUAAAAAUCUGCCUAACCUUUUGGUUUAUCUUUUAAAAGACAACUGUCGUCACAUUUUUACUUCUCGUUUUUUGUAGCUUUAUUACAUUUAGUGAAACUUUAGUAAACUAUAUUUUUUUUUUUUUUAAUUAAAACUCUAUCAUCAUUAUUAUCUGACCAACUGGUGCUCAAUCUAACUUGCCUGCUGCUGUGAUUGCUCUGGGUAAAACUUUUAAGAAACGAGAAGGGAAAAUUUGAUGACAGUUGUCUUUUAAGUUAGAAUCAUUUUUAAUUCUAAAUUAUUAUUAUUAUUAUUAUUGCCAUUUAUAUAGCGCCAACAGAUUCCGUAGCACUUUACAAUGUUAUGAAAGGGGAUUUAACUAUAAAUAGGACAAUUACAAAUAAACUUACAGGAACAAUAGGUUGAAGAGGACCCUGCUCAAUCGAGCUUACAUUCUAUAGGGAUUGCUGUCCACCAUGCUCAUUCUAGUUGUUGAAGUGUGUCUAUCAGUAAAUUAGUGAUCUCACUCAUUGCUACUAAUGAUUGUGUGGAGGUUUGUGUGAACUGUAGCAGCAAAACACUAUAUACAAGAUGACCCAGGAUACUUUUGCAAAGUCAUCACACUCAUCAACUGCCAGCAAAAAGAGAUUAAAUGAGUUUUAUUUCACAUUAUAUUUCUCAUAAUCACCCUCGGACUGGUACCCUAUCUAUACCUGUAAUAUUUAAUCUAAAACUGUUGUCAUUGACCAGAAGUGGAAAAAUAUCAUGUGAUGCUAUCUGCCUGCUGGCAUUUAUAUCAAGGCCAAACAGUGUAUGACUUUUAAAGGGGAACCAACACAUUUAUGAAAUUAACACAAUUGGAAAAAAAGGUUGAACAUCACAUAAAAUCGUAUCUAACUUGUGUUAAAGGUUUUCUUUCAUAUUUUCAUAAAUUAUUCAUCCAGGGCACACAUUACAUCGAGGGAUAAACAGAAGCAUUAUUUAUUCCCCCCACCCCCCACCCCUCAUCCCAUAUUUUUUCAGACACCACAAACACCUUGGCUGUAUGAAGGGGAUAAGCUAAUAAGAUAAUAGAUAUUAAAUUCUGAGAAGUGACAGUACUCCUUUAAAUCCAAAUCUCCCCAAUUUACAAAGACUGUUAUUACUUUGCCUUAGGAAAGCACUUCACUAUUAAAACAUCUAUUUAAAAGAGCAGUUUAUUUUUCUCAAUGCCCACUCAAAUAUUCUGUUCUGAGUAUGGUUUUCUUUUGCGAAGCACGCUAGUACGGCCCUUCAAAUCAAUGAGAUUCAGUGAAAUUCAGUAAGUCACUUAAAUACAACGUCCUAAAUAAUAGCUGAAUUCUAGAAAAGAAAGCUUAGCUUAAGAUCCAAAAGGAGAAAUCUACAGGUUUACGGGAUCCAAUCACAUCACCUAAGCCUAAUAUUUUUCUCUUGUUCUGUUUGGACCUUUGUGGAAUAUUCUUCUCACUUCACAGAAAGUACAUGCUUAAUAUUUAUUUGGAAACUGAAGACAGUAAUUGUUUCAGAAAUCCAUUAUUGGAUUGUGAUUGCCAGAUGUCUUGUUUCUAGAACACUGCUUACAUUUCAUCCUCGGCAAAUCUUGCUGCAGUCGUUCACUUUCAUUUUAUUGCAGUGAAAUUUCCCCACUGAUCCUUUGUCUUGUUGCAAACAUUAUAUUGCUAUAGAACAUAGAUGUGGUUUAUUACUUUCUUUCCAGUUAACAUACAGAACAUUACAUUGUAGUUCAGUUGGUGCAAGUAUAAAAUAAUUAUAACCACGUCAUCGGCAGAAGCUAAAGGCAGAUGGUUGUCAUUAGCUGCAGAUAAAUUUGAGAUAUAACAGCAUAUACUUUGAAAAAAAUAUAUUAAAAGUAACAAAGCAAAGUGCCUGGCCAGAAGGUACAUAUCAUAACAGGUGAUUAUUUUAUUUUUUUAUACCUCUUUCAUAUCUUUUCAUCUUCCCCGUAUGGACCUCCGUAUAAUGACUUAAAUUUAUACUGACUUUCUCAUCUCUGAAUAGAUUGCUGGUAUUGAAGAAAGCAGUUGCAUAUGUUGUUCCUUCUUGUGACACGUUUAUAACCGUGCUGGAAAAUUGGAAAACAACAGUUCAUAAUUAGUCAUUAGUGCGAGAUAUAUCAGUGCAAAAUAAACUGCUUAAUAAUGAGCAAUUACCAUGGCAACCAAUAAAACAUCUCUCAACAUUUUGCACAUUAUUCUGAAAAUAACACCUAUAGUGCCUUGAUAAAUCUUUCUUAUAAAAACAGACAGAAAUGUUAACAAAUAACCUACUGAAAUAGAAUUUAUCAGGAUAUUCCUUUUGGAAUUUGUUUUUUUUUUUGAUAAUUUAAUAUCAAUGUAUAUGUUGUGUCCAUGUUUUUGUUUUUGGCCACCCAGCUCACAUUUUCUGACAGUCUGACAAAUGGUACUGAAGUGGCCUGUAGUGUUUAUGGUGCUUUAAGUGCUCCUUUAAGCAGUUGAUUUAGAAUUCUGUAAAAGUAAAGUGAUCAGGUAAGGAGAUGGGAGUUUGCUGCCUGUCUACUUUGUGGGAGAUAAUAUUGGUCAGGACAUAUACAGGAGUAAAAGAACAGAUCAUUUUCAUGUCAGAAUAGAACUACGUUUUUGCUGCAUCAGAUGUGAUAACAUAGAAGCAUAGAAUGUGAUGGCAGAUAAGUACCAAUGUGCCCAUCUUGUCUGCCCAAUUUUCUAAAUACUUUCAUUAGUCCCUGGCCUUAUCUUAUAGUUAGGAUAGCCUUAUGCCUAUCCCACGCAUACUUAAACGCCUUUACUGUGUUAACCUGUACCACUUCAGCUGGAAGGCUAUUCCAUGCAUCCACUACCCUCUCAGUAAAGUAAUACUUCCGGAUAUUAUUUUUAAACCUUUGCCCCUCUAAUUUAAGACAAUGUCCUCUUGUUGUGGUAGUUUUUAUUCUUUUAAAUAUAGUCUCCUCCUUUACUGUGAUUCCCUUUAUGUAUUUAAAUCAUAUCCUCGCUGUCUCGUCUUUCCUCCAAGCUAUACAUGUUAAGAUCCUUUAACCUUUCCUGGUAAGUUAUAUCCCGCAAUCCAUGAACCAGUUUAGUAGCCCUUCUCUGAACUCUUUCUAAAGUAUCAAUAUCCUUCUGGAGAUACGGUCUCCAGUACUGCGUACAAUACUCCAAGUGGGUCUCAUCAGUGUUCUGUACAAUGGCAUGAUCACUUCCCUCUUUCUACUGCUAAUACCUCUCCCUAUACAGCCAAGCAUUCUGCUAGCAUUUCCUGCUGAUCUAUUACAUUGUCUGCCUACCUUUAAGUCAUCAGAAAUAAUCACCCCUAAAUCCCUUUUCUCAGAUUUUGAUGUUAGGAUAUUCUGUACUCUGCCCUUGGGUUUUUACAUCCGAGAUGCAUUAUCUUGCACUUAUCCACAUUAAAUGUCAGUUGCCACAACUCUGACCAUUUUUCUAGUUUACCUAAAUCAUUUGCCAUUUGGCUUAUCCCUCCUGGAACAUCAUCAUACAUUAUCAUCAAGACCUUCUGCAAUAUCACUAAUAAAAACAUUAAAGAGAAUGGGUCCAAGUACAGAUCCCUGGGGUACCCCACUGGUGACAAGCCCAUGCUUCGAAUAUACUCCAUUGACUACAACCCUCUGUUGCCUGUCACUCAGCCAUUGCCUUACCCAUUCAACAAUAUUGGAAUCCAAAUGUAAAGAUUGCAGUUUAUUGAUAAGCCUUCUAUGUGCCACAGUGUCAAAAGCCUUACUGAAAUCUGAUAAGAAAUCUUGUUGGAUUGAGUAAAUCUUGCUAUAUUACUAUCUAGAUCCCAGGUAGCUUAUUUUGUUAGACAGGUGAUGUGAUAAGGAAGAAUACCGUGAUUGAUGUAAGGAAGUGAAAAUGCAGGUUGGAAAUAACUGAAGAAAGAAUGUUUGCUAAGGCAAGUCAAUGCCUAGUUUUACAAAUAAAAAAAAUAUGGAAUUACUGGGAAGUAAAUUUACUAAACAGUAAGUUGGCAAGCAAAUUGCAAAAAAAAAUGAAAGAAAAAUGUCAUUAAAUGUGUGGGAAAAGGUUCAAAUGUUCCUGUUCACAAAAUAUAAAGUUAUUGUCUCAUUAUUUGUAUCAUAUUGGUUUACAUUUAGUAUGCCUGAUAAAAUAAGCAAAGUUGUAAUAAAAAUUCUUAAUCAUUCAUGGUUUAAAAACACAGGUUCCUAAAUCCAUCAAACAGGACUAAUUCAUAGACAGAGUUAGAAAUUACAGUAAGAUGCCAUUCAAUGUAUUAAACGGAAAUACUGAUAAGACCAAUGUUAUCAGCAGACAUACUUUAUGGAAAAAAUAAAUAGCUCCAUUCUAAAAAUUGCACAAAGUCAUCAGGGGAUCCUUCCUCUUCUAUGUACAUACAUUUGAAUGGUGGAUAAGUAAAGGGAUACUAUAGUGUUAGGAAGACAAAGCUGUAUCCUCUGCCUCCCCGCUCCCUUGCGGCCCUGACCAGUAAAGAGUUAAAACCCUUUAAUCACUUACCUGAUUUCCGCGCCGAUUCUGUCAGUGAUCCGGCUCCUCUAUCAUCAUCCGAAAGGGGAUGGACUAAUGUGCAUGCAGGGCAAGCACUGCAAGCCAUUAGAUCCUCUCCAUACGAAAGCAUUGCUUCAAUGCUUUGAGUAUAAGGAUUUAUACUCCAGCGUCAGGCGAUUUAAAGUCCAGUAAGAUCCCAGAAUCAUCUUAGUGCUGCAAUGUUUUACAUUGCAGGACUAAGGGCAAUAGGGACACUGCACCCAGACCUCUUGAGCUGAAGUGGUCUGGGUGCCCACAGGGUCCCUUUAAUAUCCUUCCAUAUGAGGCUUUAUGGCAAUAUAUUGCCUUCACAUGGCUAGAGAAAACAUGGUUUCUUUAAUUGAAGUCUUAAAAUGUAAAUGACUGGAGAAUGAAUGUCAAUUACCAUUCUACAAUCACUUGUUUACAAUCGAGUUAUUUUGUAGUUCUCGUUAUGUUGUUGGAUACCAAUGAAUAUUUAUAUGAUUCAAAUUGAAAUAGCUAUCCUUGAAAUUUUAAUGGAAAAACAUUUGCACAUUUGGCAAAUCCAGUGGUGUGGGGGCAACGUGGGGCAAUUGUCCCCCUGAGGAAAUAGUGAGGCCGAGGGUCUCCCCUGCUGGCCCUUGCAGGGCUGGUGCUAUCCAAGCACUGGCCCUGCUGUUUGCUUUCACAGACCAGAGGGGAGGUCAUCAAUCUCCCUAACCGGCCCACAGGUACCUAACUGGGAAGCCGGCAGGGGAGGAAGAGACGACCGGGGGUGCUCUUACCUGCAGCUCCACUGGGUUCUCCUCUCACAAUCUCGGGGCAUUGCCGGGGUUACUAUGGCAAUGCUCCGUUCUUACGAGAGUGAACUCCAGCAUAAGCUGCAGGCUAGAGUUCACUCUCACCACUAAGACCACCAGGGAUUGGAAGCACUGUCCCCCCUCCCAGGCCUCAGGUAAGAAGUGAGGGAGGAUAUUAACUAUAUGCAUUUUAAUAAUAAAAAAUAUAUAUAAUAUAUUUAAUCUGCCCCCUAUCCCCUCACAGAAAUAACUACUUACACUGUCAGACACUGCACCACACACAAACACACUGCCCCCCAUACAGACACUGCCCCCAUACACACACUGCCCCCAUGCACACACACUGCCUCAAUAUACACACUGCCUCAUACACACAUUACCCCCCAAAAAACACACUGCCGCCAUACACACUGCGCCACUCACACACACACUGCAACCCCUUACACACACUGGACACCUCACACACACUGCCCAAAUACACAUAUUGCACCUCUCACACACUGCACCUCAUAUACACACACACUACACCCCUUACACACAUUGCACCCCUAACACACACACACUUUACCCCUCACACAAUGCACACCCCUCACACAACCUGCUCCCCUCACACACACUGUCCCACACAUACACACACACACACACACACACACUGACCCUCACACACUGCCCCUUCACACACGUCACCCCUCACACACACACACACACACACUGCCCCUUCACACAUACAUCACCCCUCACACAUACACUACUGCCCCUAUCCCGGCAGAUCCCAGGUAAGUUGUCAAACUGUUUUUAAAAUGGUUUGACUAUUUACUCUGGGAGGGAGCAAUGGCACUCAUAGCACCAUAACCACUACAGAGAGUGGUUAUUGUGCCUGGAUUUUUUUUUUAAAGAUUGCCAGUGCCCCUCCCGAGAUUAGGUUUUGGAUACGCCCCUGAUUUGCACUGACACUUAAAAGAAAGACAAGCAAACAAACACAAACCAUAGUCAAAUCCACAUUUCUCACAAUGGGAAUAGAGAAGUCUCUAUUGAGUGUUGCAAUUACCUAGGUUACAACUUGCUAGCAAUAACACAAUAUAGCCACCUUAUUAACAAGAACAAGCACUCAGUGUAAACUUUUAAACAUAUUUUAGGUUUCAGAGAUAUAUAGAAUUUCAGUUAAACUAAUAAAGCAUUUCAUAGAUUCAUCAACUAAAUUAACAGAAUAUGUACAAUACUACUAGAAUAUUAAUUUCCCAAGUUAAACUUCAUCGAAAACACACUGAAUGUCCUUUGGGGUUACCUUUGACAAGCCUAAGAGAUCUGAGUACAUACAAGUUCUAGACAUAAUAAUCAAUAGGAAGCAUAAAUCUCAGCAAUUUCAGCAGAUUAGUAUGCAGGUCACACAGCUAAUAUAUUCAGCGGCGAUAUAGUGAUUCUACAGAAACAUGCUCAGGGCGUGAUGUUGACAUAGAUAUGAGAAGGUAUUAUCACCAGCAUUUGUCAGUUUGUUCCAUUAUAUACAACAAUCAUAUGGAUUUAUUAACCAAAGUUUUGUGGGAACGUGAGAAUCAUCUAGGGAUUAAGGUGUGCUGCUUUGAGAAUUAAUGUUUUAUGUUAAUUUAAAGGGACACUCCAGGAACCAAAUAAGAUUUUAGCCGUCUUAUAGCUAUUGUUCUAAAUUCUAAUAUAUUGUAUGCAUUUCCAGUUUUGUAUAGUUUUGGCAAAAAUGUUGACUAUCCUGCUUUGCCUACCCUUAAUAAAAUACUUAAAGGAACACUAUAGGGUCAGGAACACAAACAUGUAUUCCUGACCAUGUACUGUUAAAACCACCAUCUAGCCCCCCUGGCUCCUUCUUGCCUCCCUAAAUAUAGUAACAUCUUACUUGUAUUUAAGUCUGGAGCUGCUUGCUUGUCCCAGUUUCCUUUUGACCUGCCCACUGCCUGCGGACAUCAUCAGAAGUGGUGGCCUGAGUCAAUCACAAUGCUUCCACAUAGGAUUGGCUGAGACUUCCAAGGAGGCAGAUCAGGGGCAGAGCCAGCACAAUUCAAACACAGCCCUGAACAAUCAGCACCUUCUCAUAGAGAUGAAUUGAAUCAAUGAAUCUCUAUGAGGAAAGUUCAGUGUCGGCAUGCAGAUGGUGGAGAUACUGAAUGUUGUGAUGCAUUUUAGGCAGCAAUUACCCAGGAAGGAUCUCUGGCAGCCAUCUGAGGAGUUGCCAGUGAAGUUAUCACUAGGCUGUAAUGUAAACACUGCAUUUUCUCUGAAAAGACAGUGUUUACAGCAAAAUGCCUGAAGGUAAUGAUUCUACUCACCAGAACACAUGCAAUAAACUGUAGUUGUUCUGGUGACUAUAGUGUCCCUUUAAUAUUUGCUGAUUUCUGCAGUACUGUAACAGUAACUGCAGUACAGUAACAGCUCCCUUUUUGUCCCUUCCCCAGAAACAACAGUGUGGUGUAAUAACUGAGCUAAUGGCUUUCAUAUGUGAAAAGCUGAUAACUGAACUACAAGUUCCAGGUCCUAGUGUGCAGAGAUGUAUGGGACACAGCUGCUUGAAAGCUGCCAUAGAAAAUAAUUGGAGUAUCCUGAUUGGCUGACCACUCCAUUGUCUUGGUAGUGCUAAGUUAUGGAGGUUAUUGUAAAUGCAGCAACUUUAAAUAUGAGUAUCUAUUCUGGAUUCAUUUUUUUUUUUUUUUAUAUUUUUUAAAUGCAUUACUUAACUUUAUAUAAAAAUAAAUUGUUAAAACAACGGGCCUAUUUUAACUUCUUUAUAGUAUUGCUGUAAGGUGUAUGAGUACCAGAAAAACGAAAUUCUCUAUUAUGAGUCAGCUUAAGUUAUUCAGUGGGAAGUAGUGUUCUCAAUUUAUUAUGCGCUGACAUUAUUUAUAUGUAAGGCACAUUCGCUCGAAUGGCUUUCCUGGGGUCUCAAGGGACUAUCUAAAGGAGAACACAAACAAAGAACGAGGCAUUGAAAUGCUAGUUGCAUUGUUCUCAAAGUCUAGCUUUGAAAAUGUGACAUUAGAACACUUAAUAGAAAUGUUUUUUGUUUGCUUUUUUUUUUAUCUGUUUAGAAUACCGAUAUUGAAAAUAAUUCUUGUGUAAAUUGGAAGCUGCUACUUUAGGACUACAAUUUAUGGUUUAUGAUCUGUGAAGUGACUUUCAAUUAUAUUCCAUUGAGUGCAGCUAAAUUGAGAUAUUUCCACCGUGGCGGUGUAGGUGGAAGCGGCGGUGGAGGAGGAGGUAGCCAACACUGGUUUUUAUUUGUUUGUAUUUUUUGGGACAUAUAAAAAAAGAAAACUCUGUUCCGCAGAGCGACUGACCCGUGCGUGCUGCAGCUGAAACUCCACUAUCGCCUGCUGCUGCUUGCACAGUCUCAUAAGGCGGUGAGCAGGAAGGCCGAAGUUCCGCUGCAGCGCAAACAGGCGAGCAGCAGCAGGGUAAGAACGCCGAAAGCACGCACAGACAGCCCGCACUUUCUGCAGCAGCUCUGAUAUAUCUGGGUAUACACCGUGGCGGUGUAGGUGGAAGCAGCGGUGGAGGAGGAGGUAGCCAACAGUGUUUUUUAAUUGUUUGUUUUUUGUUUUUUAUGUUUAUUUAUUGGGGUAGCCCCCAAAAUAUUGGGACAUAUAAAAAAAGAAAACAAAGAAUAAGUGCACUUGAGUAUAACAAUGGCUGGGUGAGGCUGAUAUAAAUGUCUAUUCUGCACAAGGUACAGACAAGUCUGGUGGGAUCCAUGCCUGGUUCAUAUUAAUAAAAGUGAGCUUGUCCACGUUGGCUGUGGACAGGCGGCUGCGCCUGUCUGUGAUAACACCCCCUGCUGUGCUAAACACAUGACAAUACACUGGCUGCAGGGCAGGCCAGCACAUCCAAGGCAUAAAGGGCAAGCUCAGGCCAUGUGCCCAAUUUGGAGACCCAGAAGUUGAAUGGGACAGACCCAUCAGUCAGUACGUGUAGGAGUGUGCACACGUACUGUUCCACCAUGUUGCUGAAAUGCUGCCUCCUGCUAAGACGUUCUAUAUCAGAUGGUGCUGGUUGUUGUGGCGUGCUGACAAAGCUUUUCCACAUUUCGGCCAUGCUAACCCUGCCUACUGGGGUGCUGGUGGUGCCACAGCUGCAUUGGCGACCCCUUCCUCCUCCUCUGCCUUUGCCUUGUGCUUCAACUGAGCCCCGGGUGUCAGUUGGGAAGGCCCUCAGCAGCGCCUCUACCAGCGUGCGCUUGUAGCUGCACAUCUUCCAAUCACGCUGCAGUGAGGGAAUUAAGGACGGCACGUUGUCCUUGUAUUGGGGAUCCAGCAGGGUGGCCACCCAGUAAUCAGCACAAGUUAGAAUGUGGGCAACUCGGCAGUCGUUGCACAGGCACUGCAGCAUGUAGUCGCUCAUGUGUGCCAGGCUGCCCAGAGGCAAGGACAAGCUGUCCUCUUUGGGAGGUGUAUUGUCUGUGUCCUCCAUAUCCCCCCAGCCAUGCUCCGAGCUGAGUUGGGUGCCACCCUGCUGUGGACACGGUUCCUCCUCCUCAUCCUCAUCCUCUUCAUCCUCAUCCUCCAGAACUGUGCCCCAGCUGCAUUGGUGACCCCUUCCUCCUCCUCUGCCUUUGCCCUGUGCUUCCACUGAGCCCCUGGUGUCAGUUGGGAAUGCCCUCAGCAGCGCGUCUACCAGCAUGCGCUUGUAGUCGCACAUCUUCCGAUCACACUUGACACUUCACGUUGUCCUUGUAACGGGGAUUGAGCAGAGUGGCCACUCAGUAAUCAGCACAAGUUAAAAUGUGGGCAACUCGGCAGUCGUUGCGCAGGCACUGCAGCAUGUAGUUGCUCAUGUGUGCCAGGCUGCCUAGAGGCAAGGACAAGCUGUCCUCUUUGGGAGGUGUAUUGUCUGUGUCCUCCGUAUCCCCCAGCCACACUCCAGUGAUGCCCACGAGCUGCGUUGGGUGCCACCCUGCUGUGAACACGGUUCCUCCUCAUCCUCAUCCUCAUCAUCCUCCUCCUCAUCCUCCAGAACUGGGCCCUGGCUGCACAAUUGUGUACCUGGCCUAUGCUGGUGCAGGAACCCACCCUCCAAGCCACUUGUAAAUGACUGGCCUGAUAACCAUAGAAAUGACCCCUCUUCCUCCUGUGCCACAUCCUCUUCCAUCAUCGCCCGAAGCUUUUUUUCAAGUAGACAUAGAUGCAGGAUAGUAAGGCUGAGAACGGCAUCAUUGGCACGGGCCAUGUUGGUUGAGUACUUGAAACAGUGCAAAAUGGCACACAGGUCUCGCAUGGAAGCCCACUCAUUGGUGGUGAAAUGGUGCUGUUCCGCAGAGCGACUGACACGUGCGUGCUGCAUCUGAAACUCCACUAUCGCCUGCUGCUGCUCGCACAGUCUCUCCAGCAUGUGCAAGGUGGAGUUCCACCUUGUGGGCACGUCGCAUAUGAGGCGAUGAGCGGAAAGGCUGAAGUUACACUGCAGCACAGACAGGCAAGCAGCAGCAGGUUGAGAAAGCCGAAAGUGCACACAGACGGUCCGCACUUUCUGCAUCAGCUCUGAUAUAUCUGGGUAGUUUUUCAGGAAUUUCUGCACCACCAAAUUCAGCACAUGCACCAGGCAAGGGAUAUGCGGCAAAGCAAGCCCCAAAUUUACUAUUUAGCAGAUUAGCACCCAGAAAAUAAGAAUGUUUACAAUUGCGCUGUAACCUUUAGGCCUUUAGGGUUCAGUUUUCUGUCCAUGCAGGAUUAUCUGAAUAAGUGUCAACUAUGAUUGUCUCUAAAACAAGUCAUUGAGGAGCCAACUGGUAAAGAGGCCAUAUUAGAUUUAGUGUUAACAAAUGGAGAUUUAGUAUCAGAUAUUACUGUAGGUGAAAGUUUAGGAUCCAGUCAGUCAGUGUGGUCUAAUGACUGAGUCACACCACACAAAAACAAAAGUUUUAGACUUUAGAAAAACAGACUUUUCUAAAAUUAGAAUAUGUGUAAAGGAGUCAUUAUCAGACUGGAGCAGUUUAAAUGGAGUCCAGGAGAAUUGGAAUUAUUUAAAAGUUGCACUGCUGAAGGCAACAGAAAAUUGCAAGAGAAGUUAGCAUUUAGUCAUUAUAAAAAAAAAAAAAACAGAGUGAGGAAGAUAGACAGAUCUAUAAGAUUAGACAGAAAAAGGCUAAGCAACUUAUAAGAGCUUCCAAAUCACACACAGAAGAGAAAAUAGCACAGUCAGUAAAAAAAAGGGGACAAAACAUUUUUUAGAUACAUAAAUGAGAAAAGGAAAGUAAAACAAGGAUUAGUUAGAUUAAAAACAAAAGAAGGAAGGUAUGUAGAAGAGGAUAAAGGUCUAGCUGACUGCCUCAGUGAAUAUUUUUGUUCAGUAUUUACAGAUAAAAAUGAACGAAAUGGACCUCAGGAAAAAGGACAAAUGAGUCAUUUGUUAAAUGUGAGUUUACAGAGGAAAAAGUUAUAUUUGAAGUGUAAAAAGUAAAGAUAAAUAAGUCAAUGGGGCUUGAUGGAAUACACCCAAAGUUAUUAAAAGAGCUUACUAGCAAAACCGUUAACAGAUUUAUUUAACCAAGCAUUGUUAACAGUAGUCCCAGAAGAAUGGAAGUUAGCAAAUGUUGUGCCCAUUCACAAGAAAGGUAGUAGGGAGGAGUUGGGUAACUAUAGGCCAGUAAGCCUUACUUUAGUAGUGGGGAAAAUAAUGGAAACCAUGUUAAAGGAUAGGAUUAUUGAACAUCUAAAAUCACAUGGAUUUGAAGAUCAGAGACAACAUGGGUUUACUUCAGGGGGAUCAUGCCAAACUAAUCUUAUUGAUUGUUUUGAUUGGGUAACUAAAAUAAUAGAUCAGGGUGGUGCAGGAGAUAUUUCUUACCUAAAUUUCAGUAAGACUUUCGAUACUGUUGCACAUAGAAGACUUAUCAAUAAACUGCAAUCUUUAACUUUAGAUUCCAAUAUUGUUGAAAGGUUAAGGCAGUGGCUGAGUGAUAGGCAACAUAGGGUUGUAGUCAAUGGAGCAUAUUCAAAGCAUGGUCUUGUCGCUAGUGGGGUACCUCCGGGAUCUGUACUUGGAUCCAUUCUCUUUCAUAUUUUUAUUAGUGAUAUUGCAUAAGGUCUCGAUGGUAAGUUAUGUCUUUUUGCUGAUGAUACUAAGAUAUGUAACAAGGUUGAUGUUCCAGGAGGGAUAAGCCAAACAGUGCUAUCACUUCUUACAGGCAACUUAGGCAGUCGCCUAGGGCACCCAGGGCCGUCUUUAACGCGGGGCAAACGGGGCAGCUGCCCCGGGCCCAGUUGCUCCUGGGGGCCCAGAGCAGCUGCUCUGUGGGCCCCGCGAUUUGCGCAGCCCCUAUGGACCGGGAGGCUCCCCGGGGGCCCAUGCACUAAGGGCCACCCGGGGAGCAUGUGUCAGCAGGGGCCCGGUCGGGCGCUGUGGCGCUUAAACAGCGCGACCGGGCCCCUCUUCCCCAGCCGGAGAUAGCCGCGCGGGAGGAGGAAGGCAGGGAGGAGGGGAGUUCCAGAGGAGAACUCCCAUCUGCCUCAGCCUGCCACUGGACCAGGGAAACCACCCUCCAGAAAAAGGUAAGAACCUGGAGGGUGGCUAAAUGUAGGUCUGUGUGUAUGCCAGUAUGUCUGUGUGUGUUUGUCAGUAUGUCUGUGUGUGUGUGUGUGUCUAUGUGUGUUGUGUCAGUAUGUCUGUGUGUAUGCAGUAUGUCUGUGUGUGUAUAUGUCUGUGUGUGUGUGUCUGUGUGUGUGUGUGUGUGUCAGUAUGUCUGUGUGUAUAUGUCUGUGUGUGUGUCAGUAUGUCUCUGUGUGUGUAUAUGUCUGUGUGUGUGUGUGUCAGUAUGUCUCUGUGUGUGUAUAUGUCUGUGUGUGUGUCAGUGUGUGUGUGUCAGUAUGUCUGUGUGUGUGUGUGUGUCAGUAUGUCUGUGUGUGUGUAUAUGUCUGUGUGUGUGUCAAUAUGUAUGUGUGUAUGCCAGUAUGUCAGUGUGUGUGUGUGUGUGUGUGUGUGUGUGUGUGUGUGUGUGUGUGUGUGUGUGUGUGUGUGUGUGUGUGUGUGUGUGUCAGUAUGUCUGUGUGUAUGCCAGUAUGUCUGUGUGUGUGUGUGUGUACGUGUGUGUACGUGUGUGUCAGUAUGUCUGCCAGGAUAUAUUUGUGUGUCAGUGUAUGUGUGUGUCAGUAUGUUUCUGUGAAUGUUUUAAUGUCUGUCUGUGUGUAUGUGCCAGUCUGUCUGUGUGUGUGUGUCAGCAUGUCUUGUGUGUGUCAGUAUGUCUGUGUGUGUAUGUAAGUAUGUCUGUGUGUGUAUGUGUGUGUCAGUCAGUAUGUCUGUCAGUGUAUGUGUGUGUCAUGUAUGUAUGUAUGUCUGUGUGUGUGUCAGUAUGUCUGCCAGGAUAUAUUUGUAUGUCAGUGUAUGUGUGUGUCAGUAUAUAUCUGUGAAUGUUUUAAUGUCUGUCUGUAUCAGCCAUUACAUCUGUCUGUGUAUAUGUCAGUAUGCGUGUGUGUGUGUGUGUGUGUGUGUGUGUCAGUGUGUAUGUCAGUAUGCCUGUGUGUGUGUGUCAAUGUGUCUGUCAGUGUAUAUGUCUGUGUGUUUUAGUAUAUCUGUCAGUGUAUGUGUUUGUGUGUGUGUCAGUAUAUCUGUUAAUGUAUGUGUCUGUGUAUGUAUGUAUGUCUGUGUGUGUGUCAGUAUGUCUGCCAGUAUAUAUUUGUGUGUAGUGACUGUGUGUGUCGGUAUGUAUCUGUGAAUGUUUUAAUGUAUGUCUGUGUGUGUAUGUGCCAGUACGUCUGUCAGUGUGAUUGCGGGUUGGACGUAAUUGGGGGGUGAGGCAGGGACAGGGCCCAUGGGGCCCAAGAAAAUGCAUUGCCCAGGGUCCUACUCAUAUUAUAGAUGGCCCUGAGGGCACCCCUUAGGAAGGGGCACCAGGAGCGCUGGCCCCUCAAAUGCUGCAGCUGCCUGAGAGCUCUAUAGAGAGCCUCAGGUGGCUACAGCACUGCCCGGGCCGGCGCGUCCAUGAGGGCGCACCGGCCCAAGCACGCAAGAAAAGAGGGAUCAGCAGGAGGGAAGCGCAGUGUAACGUGGCCGAGCUCCAGUCCACGGUACAGGAACAUCCAUUUCCAUAAGCACACACUUUAGAUCCUCUACACUAACACGUAACACAUCCCCUACACACUCCACUCCCUGUGAGUGAACUAAUGGGUGGAACAUGUAGGUGGACUUAUGGGUGGGCCUUAUAGGCAUACUCACGGUCAGGCCCUGGGGCCCAGACCUUGAGCUGUGUAAGGGGCCCCAAAAAAUGAAGCUGCUUCCCGUUCUCCCAGAACAUUUAAUUUUUUGACCACAGUUGCAAACAGCCUGUUCUACACCAGACCAGUGGAGCCAUACUGCAACCAGAGCCCAUUGUCAUCCUCAUCUGGUUGUAAGAAAGCAAUAUUAUUAGUGACACUAAUCUCUAAUUUACCUCACAUUAAAGGGACACUAUAGUCCCAGAACCACUGCAGCUUAAUGAAGUGGUUCUGGUGUCUGUAGCCUAUCCCUGCAGACUUUUUAAUGCAAACACACACUGUGUGCAGCACUGGUGUUACUUCAUAUGGCAGAUCCUAUUGGUGGGGUAUUGUGAUGUCACAUGUGGAUAAGUGCAAGAUAAUGCAUCUUGGACGUUAUAACCCAAGGGCAGAAUACAGAAUAUUUGAUAGUCAUAACCUCAACAUCCGAGGAAAGGAAUUUAGGAAUAAUUAUUUCUGAAGACUUAAAGGUAGGCAGACAAUGUAAUAGAGCAGCAGGAAAUGCUAGCAGAAUGCUUGGUUGUAUAGGGAGAGGUAUUAGCAGUAGAAAGAGGGAAGUGCUCAUGCCAUUGUACAGAACACUGGUGAGACCUCACUUGGAGUAUUGUACGCAAUACUGGAGACCGUAUCUUCAGAAGGAUAUUGAUACUUUAGAGAAGGGCUACUAAAUUGGUUCAUGGAUUGCAGGAUAAAACUUACCAGGAAAGGUUAAAGGAUCUUAACAUGUAUAGCUUGGAGGAAAGACGAGACAGGGGGGAUAUGAUAGAAACAUUUAAAUAUAUAAAGGGAAUUAACACAGUAAAGGAGGAGACUAUAUUUAAAAAAAAAAAACCUACCACAACAAGAAGACAUAGUCUUAAAUUAGAGGGGCAAAGGUUUAAAAAUAUCAGGAAGUAUUACUUUACUGAGAGGGUAGUGGAUGCAUGGAAAGGCCUUCCAGCUGAAGUGGUAGAGGUUAACACAGUAAAGGAGUUUAAGCAUGUGUGGGGAUAGGCAUAAGGCUAUCCUAACUAUAAGAUAAGGCUAGGGACUAAUGAAAGUAUUUAGAUAAUUGGGCAGACUAGAUGGGCCGAAUGGUUCUCAUCUGCCGUCACAUUCUAUGUUUCAAGACAAAUCAACACUUUUAUAAAACACUUUUCUCACACCUUGCUGGCUGUAAAUCGGAUUAUAAUUAUAUUUCAAUGCAGAAGUGAGGGACUUUGCUGAUCUCUGUGCUGGCCAUUCAUUUGCUGUAAUACAGCUCAUUGAGAAGUUUGAUUGGCCAGUGGCAUGCAUGGGUUUUGUCUGCAAGUCUUCACAAUGAGGGAGUCUGUUGGACAUUAAUGGCAAGUCUUACUGUAUCUGCAGAAACAAGUUAUGUAGCCAAUGUAAACUUGUUGUUUCCAACCACCAAAACAUAUUUAUGAAACCUAAAACACGUGGUUUUUGGUGUUAUAUCUACUAAAUGGUUUCCUUUGGAGUAUUCCAUUGAGAAUUAACCUUGAUUGUGUCUGUAAAUUCUACCAUGAUUCAUUUAAAAAAAAAAAAUAAAUGAAAAGGCUAAAUAAAAUGUUAACUUAUUUCUAUUUUAUUUUCCUGCCAAUAUAAUUUUCGCACGUACCAUUUUGUCAUGUAUUAUUACAUUCUUUUUUCUUCUCAUUAUUAUUAAAGCUUCUUAGUAAUUUAUUUCAGAGGUACAGCUGUACUUGGGAUAAUUGAUUGGCUUUCUGUCCAGCUGCCCAGCCUGUGAUGUCAAAUAACAGACUUCUGUUUCUUUGUUGUAGGACAGCUUUCCAGCUCGAUUUGGAGGAAUCCACUUUGUCAAUCAACCCUGGUACAUUUAUGCUCUGUACACUAUAAUUAAACCAUUUCUUAAAGACAAGACAAGGAAACGGGUAAGACAAAUGAACACAUGUAACGCUGUGUUCCUGGCCAUGUGCUCUAGUAAUUUCCUGUGACCUCUCAGUUAAGUCAUGUGACAAACCGGAGCCUCAGUUGUGGUUUGCAAAUUGUCUGGUUCUGAUCAAUAAUGGUAGGGAAUUGGAUUAGCUUCAGUGUAAAUAUCUGGACUUUGGGGAUCUUUGAUCUUUGAAAAUAAAAAGAUCUAUCUAUCUUGAAUCUCUUUACUGAGAUAACAGAGGACUGUAAUUUGCAGUAUGUGACAGUUCAUAACAAAACAGUGUGGGUAACCACACACAAUCACAACAGAUAUUUAUAAUUUAUAUCAACACGUUCAUCUUUGGACAAGCAUCCCAUUCAAUAUUCAUGUAGAAGAGAAAACAAAGAAAAAAACACACAUUAAAAAAAAAUUGCAUAAUUCUAUAUAAUACUAUACAGAAGGUGGUAAUGUGCCAACGUUAUACUUUUAUUUUGUACAUUAAUGAGGAAUAAAUGGUUAAGACACACAUGUUUUUAUAUUAUUGAUGACAACAAGAUAUAUAUAUAUAUAUAUAUAUAUAUAUAUAUAUAUAUAUAAAAUGUGCAUCUAUGUAUUUUUAAUUAAUAUAAUUUUACUUUUUUUAAAUUAGUUUUCGAAGAAGAGUUCUAAAAAUGAGCAGUAUGACAAAUAGGCCAUAUUGAUUUGUCUUUACCUUUUUAAUGCAUGAAUUCCUAUUACAUUUAUGCUUGCUACAAAUAUGGCCAGUGCCACUAGCAUACAACGGUUGUGGCUGCAUCCUCAAACCAUUUUUCUAUGUUGAUGUUUGUUGGCACUGUAUUGCAGAGUAAGGCAGCUGGCAAGAAUGGUGCAGGGCCUUUGCUAGUCAAGCACUGUAUAGACCAGGAAUAGGCAACCUUUGGCACUCCAGAUGUUGUGGACUACAUCCCCAUAAUGCUCUUACACCCAUAACGCUGACAAAGCAUCAUGGGAGGUGUAGUCCAAAACAUCUGGAGUGCCAAAGGAUGCCUAUGCCUGGUGUAGACUUUUGCAUGAGUUUAUGGCAUGCAAUCUCAAUAUUUCCAGGUCUGGAUUGAUUGCCUAUGAUAUUGUAUAUCACUCACCACAACUUGCAGAGAAUAGGUAAGACCAAUUCUGAAAGAAUGAUUCAUAACAGUCAGGUGUAAGUGAUCCUUAGGAGGGUCAGAGUUAACUGAAAAGCUUCUGUUGAGAUGAAACAGCAAGAGAGUAGUCAGAGCCAAGUCAAUGAGUAGGAGUACAGAGUAUUCAAUAAUAGUGUAAUAUAGUCAAGGGACCAGAAACCAUGAGAAACAGUAAAAAAAGUAAUCAGGACACAAUCAAAAAAGUACAAUGGGCAAACAGGAACCAUGCCAGAGUACCUGUCCUUUGGACUGGGAUGUUUAGGUCUGAGUAGCAUUCCAGCAUCACCAGAAGGUGCAAGUGUGGGUAUGCUGAACCUAUGCACCAGUCUGAGUGUGCGUAAAGUGCUGUUGUUUAUACCAAUAUACCCAUAUAUUUGUAUAAGGAAUGAAUGUUGGGUGGCUGAAUUCCUGACAGUGAGAGGAUUUUGACGCAAGGCUUCAAUCAGGACUGGAGAUGGACAAGAUUUGGAUGUAGAACAUGCAAGUAACCUGAGAGAUAUCUCCCAGUAGCCUGCAGCAUCUGAGGGUGACCAGAGUGCCAGGGUAUGAUGAAUAUGUACAACAUGCCUGGAGAUGUUUGCAAGUGACCGCAGGGUUAUAUUAGCCCGUGUUCAUUCACAAUGCAUGUUGGUUGCUAUUAGUGAAAAUAGAGUCACAGGAAAUAGAGUAUCUUGUAGGAAUGAAAAGACCUCUGUCAAUGCUGUCAUGCUGAGCAGGUCACAAUAAUGGAGAUUGCACUGGAGAUGUUGCACCUUGUAUAAAAAUAUUACAACCUCUGUCAUGGCAUCGCUUAUUUAAUCGAGGAGUUGAUGGUUUUUUGAAACUUUCCUCUGAUUGACUGCUGGUUGCUGAAAAGAAAAUCUUGUUGUCUGAUUGGCCUUUUUUACAUGCUAUGAUUAUCUGCAUUGUAUCAUUAUUAACAUGUGUCCUUGAAUAGAAAUGAUACAAAGACUACAAGGGACACUACCCGAAUUUCAUCUAAUUCAUCGUGCUAAGCAUUUUAUAUAAAAGUACUGUAAUUGCUAGAUUGUAAGCUCACAUGUCGGUCCUUCUGUUCCUUCUGUAUCAAUUUGUGUUUAUUGUUUUUUAAUAUUCUGUAUAAUAAGCAAUAUUCUGUUUACACAAAUUGGAAAGUGUACUGGAUCAGGGCCCCCUCUACCUUAUGUAUUAGUCUGUGUAUACUGUGCUGUCUUUUUCCCCAAAUGCUUUAUAAAUGCCAAUAAUAAUAAAUAAUCUUCUCAUACAACUUGUCCCUACAAAUGUCCCCUGACUCUAUAUUCCACAGUGAACCAAAAAUAGAGAACACAAGAGCGCUGAGACCUUGUUUUAGCUCACUUGCACCAUUACACAGAGAACGUAUACUGUUUGUAUAUCAGUCUGAUCCCACCUAUAAGGUCCGUCCAGAUCUGAAAUGCCAAGUUCCUUGCUGGCAUUUCAGGUCUGGAUGGCCAUAAUGUUUGGGAUCAGUCUGAUAUACAAACAGACAAAAUGCAAGGCAACAAAGCAUAUGACUGUGUAUGAAAAGUGCGAAUGUAGAAUUCCAAUUGGCCACUCACAAUUCUGAUGUGAAUAUAAUGCCUUGUAAGAGAUCUCCCACAAAUGAGUUGUUCCUCUGAUAUCUAGAUCACCAUAAACUCUCAGCAGUAAUUGGAUUUACACUAUUUCAGCACUUUUAAUACACGGUUAUAUGUUCAUAUGUUGUUUUGCAUUGUGUCUUUUUAGCAGAAUGUCCCCUAUUUUGUUGUAUACAUUCAUUUUGGAAGUCAAGAGGAAAUCUUUGAUGCAGCAAAUUCCCUUGUUAAGAAAAGUUUCUUUCUAUUUAUUGUUUUGUUAUUUUCACCUUGUACACUUUAGAUUGUGAUUACAACUUGUGUUAUAUAUGAUAUGUGAAUGGUAUAGGUCCUCGGUGUAAUGGCACAAGCGAGCAAAAAACCUUCAGACCUGAGUGGGGACUAACCAAAAGGCAAGCUAUUGAGGUGUGUCUGAGCCUUUGCCUGUUCUCGGAGCUCUCAUAGUCUCUGUUUUUUGCUACUAAUGAAAUAUUGACGUGAAAAUGUAAAGUCAUUACAGCAUGAUCUCAGUAUUGACUGUGAAAUAAAGUUGUAUUGAUUACAAGCACUCUUUCAGAUCCACUCAUUAUAUUGUUAGCAUGCAGGCCACAGCCUGGACGCUGGAGAUUCUGUGAACUGUAACUCACUUCUUCUGAGUCAGGAUCUGCAAGUAACUAGCAAGGGUCUUAGUCAUCCCUCAAGGUGCCUUUAGUACAUUUGUGAGUUGAUCAUUCUCUGUUCUAUCUAGCCCAGAAUCUCUAGCCUAUCUCCUGCCAACAUCCUAAUCACUUUGACUGAAAAAACCUUAAAUCUAUGUAUGGAUAACAUUGACACUACAAACACUUGUGAAGUAUGCAGCUAUAAUCAAAAUUAUUCAACCCUCAAUGAAAACCAGGUUUAUUGUCAAAAUUUAUAGACUUUCAGUUGUUUGCAAUGAACAAAUAAAACAAAUAGUUCAUCGCGGUUUCAAGUGGUUUUCCCAAAUUCAACUGAAAAUGCAACUUAUAAUGACUUUGACAGUCUCAAAAUGAUUCAACCCCUUCAUAGCAAGCAGUUUUAGUACUUAGCAGAGCAAUCUUUUGACAUUCUGACCAGCUGUAAACCAGAUGCAUAGCCAGACACCAGCUUCCGGCAGCGUUCCUGAGUAAUCUUAGCUCAUUGCUUAUGGGCAAUGGCCUCCAGUUCAGUAAUAUUUUUGGGUUUGCAUAAUGCCCAUGAUGCUCAGGCAAACAGGAGGGUGCUCAUAAAUUAGUAGAUCUUAUAUUAGAUUGUGAUGUUGUGCCUCAACAUGGAGAACCGUAAAAAAUGUCUCCCACAAUAUAUAUAAUAUUAGGGUACAUAUCUGUUAUUAUUAGCAUUGUUAUAGUGCUGACAUAUUCCAUCGUGCUUUGAACUAUGCCUUAUUAGCAUUAAAUAUGUGUGUGGCAAUUACAUAACUUAAUGAUGAAAUGAGUGUUAUGCAAUACAAGGAAUAUAUUUCAAGAAAUUAUUUACUAUUUAUAAAUUACAUUGGGUUUUGUGCAGGUGUGAAAAUAAUUUGCUUUUGCUUUUUGUAUCUUACCUCAGUUUACCUCAAACACAGGUAUUAAUACUGACUAAGUGAAGCCUGUAGAUUGAAUCUACAACAAGAGGAGGCAUCUCUCCCUCUGGUCUGGUGCUUUUAGUGAAUCAGCACGUUGCCUGCAGUAAUGCACAAAAUCACUCCAAAGGGGUGCAUUGUGGGGGGAACUACAAGUUACCUGCACCCUCUAUAGGUGCAGACCAUAAGCUCCCUUGCACUUGAAGUAAAUGCAGAUCAGAACCCUAUGACAGCAGUUCCAAUCCCAAACAUCAAGGAACACCAGAGUCCAGAAUUUAACAUUUCUCAGUUUUGCUUUUAUGGGAUACUAGAAAAUCUUUGACCAUUGGUGCUCCAUUAUGACUGUGUUGGGAAUCAAUGCUCUGUGGCUCUCUGUGAGUUUAAACCUGACAGCAUAACCUUGUAUCAUGUAUUAACAUUUAAAAAAAAUUUUAACAACUGUUUAUCAAAACCUAUAUGUUUGUUUUCCAGAUUUUUCUCCAUGGUAACAAUUUGAAUAGUUUACAUCAAUUGAUUCAUCCAGAAUGUCUACCAUCUGAAUUUGGGGGCACCCUUCCACCAUACGACAUGGGAACCUGGGCACGAUCAUUGCUUGGUCCUGAUUAUAAUGAUGAAAAUGAGUAUACACACACAUCCUAUAAUGCGAUACAUGUGAAGCAUGUUCCCAGUAAUUUAGAAAGAGAAAGUUCACCAAAAUACAUGAAAAGGUAAUAUUUUUAUUUAUACAUAAACAGAAUAUAAAUAUUAGUUACCGUGAUAAUUAAAAUAUGCGCUAUGAAAUUAGUAUUUUUUUAUAAGGUGCAGACUGUUCUUUCCUUCUUGCUCUGCAACUCUUUCCUGGUUACUGUAUGAUUUUUGUUAAUACAAAUAUAUCUUGCAAAAUGUGUUCAUCUCCUCUAUGUACAUAUAUUUUAAAAGCCGAGAAAUGCUUUUUAAUCCUUGGGUUGAGAUCCAAAACCAUGCCCCUAAUCCUAAAUGCAAUAGAGACAUCCAUGAUGCUGGAAUGACCUCAAUGAAGCCAUUUAAAGAAAUUGACUGUUUAUUGAUCGUGUCUAUUUACUACAGUUCGAAUGGCCCCAUACCGAAUGGAGCAAAAUUAUUCAGUGCAGAACAGGGUUAUUUGAACGGCAAAAUCUACACAUUUUUCACAGUAUUUAACAAUGUUUGGAUUUUGCAUUAGUGACUCCGAACAAGCCUGAAUUUUGUCCAGAUUUCACCCAGACCGCAAAUUAUGUCUGGAACCAGAUUUUUUAAAUCUGAACUAUUUGUUUGCUGGCAGCAAUUGUGCCUACAAUCAUUGCUAAUGUGCAAAAAAAAAAAGCAAAUAAAUGAUCGUUUGUAAAUGUGUAUCGUACUGAAUGCAUGCAGACCUGAUUUUCUUUUUAAAAUGUCCAUAUCCUUUAGCUUUUAUAGGCAAGAAGCGUAGUUCUUAAAGUUGACAUGAAUGUGUUUGGUUUAAUGGUGCAACUUUAGUAACUUUAGUCCAUUUCAGUUGGAUUUCCCAUUUUUACUGAAGAAUGGACAAAAUUUGGUGUUUAGUGAAUAGACUCGGAUGAGUUCUGGGAUAAUUUGUCAGUGGAGGGAUAGGUUGCCAACAUAAUAUAUACAUAAUUUGGAAACCUGUCAAGAAAGGUUAAGAACAUCUGUUAUAGACAAUUCACAUUGAGACAAUUCCCUCUAUAUAUAAUAUGUAAGGAAAUAAGUAGAGUGUAACAAUAUUGUGCACUCAUGUUUUAUAGACACUUACGCAGCUCCUAAGUGAUCCCUCAUGUAGGAAGUACACUUGCAAUGAAGUGGCUACUUUUCUCCAAGUGGUUCUUGAUCUUCACAAUAAUCUGUAAUGUAAAGAAUAUAACAUUAGUAAAAUAUUGUCAGUUUAAAGUGAUAUUCCUUAAAGCUGGUAUCACCAGGAAAAUAUAACAGAUUAGUCCUAAGUAUGCAGAGAUAGUGAGCUCAGGGCUUAGAAAGGAAGAGAAUACAAAUUAAGAUUUAAUGGGAAAAACUCUCUACAGCCGAUCUCACACCUGGUUACAGUCAUAGGUCAGGGGUACAGAAAUCAAGAAUAUCAGGAUCAAGCCAAGUCUGGUGGGAGCAGCAAAUAAGCAUUACUAAUUAAACUAGCAAAGUUUCAAGUAGGAACAUUGUAACCAUGCAAGCCAGGUCACAACAGUAUCCAUACAAGCAGUGUCACAAUAGUAGGAACAUUGUAACCAUGAAAGCCAGGUCACAACAGUAGGAAUAUUGUGUCCAUACAAGCAAGAUCACAAUAGUAGGAACAUUGUAACUAUACAAGCAGGGUCACAAUAGUAGGAACAUUGUAACCAUACAAUUAUCAUAAUAAUACACUGUAAGUCAAUACUGCAAAUCAAAUGUACGGUAAAGAUGACUUAGUUGUGUGUGAAGCCUCCACAGACAUACUCUUCAACGUUGAUAUCCUAAGGAAUGGUGGUUUAAAAGGUGGGCCAAUCGAAACACUUGUUAAAUGUCGCUGGUUCUGCAGCGGUGGCGCAGCUGGGAUGUGCACACUAUACGGCAGUGGUUGAUGAAGGUAGCAGAGCUAUACAAUGCGGAGUUGUUGACAGCUGCAUUCAGUGGGAACAGCGAGAAAUGCAACCAGACAUGGGCACUUGUUGUGGUAGCUUUUCUUCUUUUAAAUAUAGUCUCCUCCUUUACUGUGUUGAUUCCCUUUAUGUAUUUAAAUGUUUCUAUCAUAUCCCCCCUGUCUCGUCUUUCCUCCAAGCUAUACAUGUUAAGAUCCUUUAACCUUUCCUGGUAAGUUUUAUCCCGCAAUCCAUGAACCAGUUUAGUAGCCCUUCUCUGAACUCUCUAAGGUAUCAAUAUCCUUCUGAAGAUACGGUCUCCAGUACUGAGUACAAUACUCCAAGUGAGGUCUCAUCAGUGUUCUGUACAAUGGCAUGAGCACUUCCCUCUUUCUACUGCUAAUACCUCUCCCUAUACAACCAAGCAUUCUGCUAGCAUUUCCUGCUGCUCUAUUACAUUGUCUGCCUACCUUUAAGUCAUCAGAAAUAAUCACCCCUAAAUCCCUUUCCUCAUAUGUUGAGGUUAGGACUCUAUCAAAUAUUCUGUACUCUGCCCUUGGGUUUUUACGUCCAAGAUGCAUUAUCUUGCACUUAUCCACAUUAAAUGUCAGUUGCCACAAUUCUGACCAUUUUUCUAGUUUACCUAAAUCAUUUGCCAUUUGGCUUAUCCCUCCUGGAACAUCAACCCUGUUACAUAUCUUAGUAUCAUCAGCAAAAAGACAUACCUUACCAUCAAGACAUUCUGCAAUAUCACUAAUAAAAACAUUAAAGUAGAGGGAUAUUGUGUAGAGGGAGGAGAGAUCAGACUAGACCGCGAUGGGAACAGGGACAUUGGUGGACGGGAGCAGGCUGGGGGUCUGGGGGCUGGCCAAUGGGGGAUGAGGAGAGACACCCCAUGCCCCUUCCCCUUCUAUCCCUUUUAUUACUUUCUUUUGUUCUCUCUCUUCCUCUCUCUCUUUCUUCAUCUUCUCCCUCGCUUUCUCUCUCUCUCAAUUUCUUCAUCCUCUCUCUCACUUUCUCUCUCUCUCUCUUUCUUCCUCUUUUUAACUUUCUCACAACACUUCCACUCCCCCACCUUUUUUUUUACCUCAUUACCCUAAUUUUACUACACAAAGCCUGUUCUGUGGAAAUCAACUGGUUUGAGUGUUCAUCCUAAGUAGAGCACUAGAGGGUGGGUAUAAUCACACCAACAGAAGCUAAGCACAGGUAGCUACUGGAUACACUGUUUAAGAGACCACAUUAGCACAGGCAUUUAAAUGCUUUCCGGAGAUACCGGUGAUGGUACAAAUCGAACUCAACAAUGGCUGCUUGGAGUGAACAAUAAGCACAUUAAAUGAACAUCUCUACACCCCUUGGCAAAUAUGUACUAAGAAAUACUGUCAGAAUGUAUUAUGUACAUUUGUUUUUUGUUUUUUACUGUACCGAGUUUACUUUCUUUAGUGACUGUUUAUUAACAUUACUCAAUUCUUGCAUGUAUUUGCUUUGUAUUGGCUAUAAUAGUAUGUACUAACUCUCUUGUGAAAAAAAAAAAAAGGUUGGCCAAUGACAAGACUUCAUCACUGUGUCUGCCCAAAGCCUUCCCAGAAAUGGGGCAGGUCUAUAAAUGCUUGCCAUGGUGCCUACAAAUCCAGCAGGCAAACCUACUGAGGGCAGAGCAUACAGUAAGCACUGUGCCCUGAGUGUCUAGAGAUGAGAUAACACUACAUACUUUUGGGACAGUUUCCUGGUGUCCCCACAAGCUGGACAACAGGGACCAAAGUCAGGUGGACUUGCCUCCUAACAAUCGAUAAUUUAGCAGGACAUUCCCAAUUGUCAGGUCCUGUCCCACCAAAAUUGGGACGGUUGGGAGGCAUGUCCACAGUUAAGAGAUCAUUGCUCCCAAUAAUGAUUUCAGAAGCACCAGCCAAGACUUUAUGUCACUGAUAAUACACUAAUGUAAAUCAGAGUAGCCUGAAAGAACACCACAGAUGGUAUGGCAGAUUAAACAGAUAAGUAUGUAUUGUAUGCAUUGUAUGCAUUGUAAAUUGUAUUCAGUCCAGGUGUAUGAGUGUAUUGUAAUGGACAGGUAUUUGUCUGCAAUAGUUUUUCGAGAUUCAUUAAACCUCACUUGGUAGUAAAUACAUAAUUAUCACUUUAUUACAACAUGAUAAAGCAUCCCCUGAACUAAGACCAAGAUAAUACUUGUGUCAUAUGCUAAAGGCAGCCAGAGCAUGCUCAUAUACAACAAAAUAUGGAAUAUAAGGACACAUUAUACUUGUGAUGACGUCCUUUAAUUAAACUUGUGAUGAAUUCCCUUCCAAUUUGUGGAGUGAACCAAAGCCAAAUUCCUUUGAGAUGUUAUUCCUACUAAUAAAGCUGCAAUGUUUUGUGUGUUCUGCUGGAGCAUUGUGUUUUUAUGGUAACCAACCCAGUGGUUUCUUUGUCUAGUUCCCUUCUAAUUUUACCAAAAUAGUAAAAGGCUUUCUUACAAUGGAAAUUAGGAGAAUUACUGAAAUUUAGACUCCCACCUCUUCCCAGCCUACACCAGGUAGACUAUCCACACAUCCCCAAGUGGUCAGUUCCAGUUUUCACCCAAGCCAAAAUAUGGAAACCACAAUGGAUGUUACCCAUGAUAGGGCCUUUCUGAGUAACAAUGGGCCAGAAUCUGUCAAGGGAACAUCCAGGCACUCAGUUACCCAACCACUAGAGAUAUUUCCUCAUUCCCUUAAUUUGUAUUGGGACUGGAUUGACACUAGAUGAUGGUUUCUGUGACUUACCCCAAAGCUGUCACCCGAUUUAUUCCCUGUUGAAAUGGAAAUGUUCAUGUGAUAUUACGUGAACCUCACAAACAUUUUGGUAUACUUAACUCAGACUUGAUCCCCUUGUAACAUGCACAUGCAGUUAUUGUUAACCAAACAAGAUUAUAUGUGCUGGUUUAGCGGACAGUGAGAGUAUGCACAGAGUUAUAUAGCUUCCUGCUCAAUAUUUCUACCUGCUUCAGUAUAGGGCAGGGGUAGGCAACCUUCGGCACUCCAGAUGUUUUGGACAACAUUUCCCUUGAUGCUUUGAUAGCAUUAUGGAUGUAAAGGCAUUAUGGAAGAUGUAGUCCAAAACAUCUGGAGUGUCGAAGGUUGCCUACUCCUGGUAGAGAGUGUUCCAUAUGUGUUACAAUUAUCAGAUGUUCUAAAUGUCAUUAAUUUUAUUUGAUUUCUUACAUUCUAAGACAAUAAAUGUUAUUUAGUAAUGUGUUGAUUGUCAGGAAUUCAAAAUGAAUUUCAGAUUCUAGAUAAAAAAUCAAAAUAGGUGAAAUCUAAAUAUAAGCUGUGUGUCUGGAUCAGUUAUUUAGGCCAAACUAUAGACCUGACUGUUAUAUUGGUAAAGGGUUAGUGACUCAUUUCCUGUAUGUUAUCCCAGGGGAUAAAAUCCUUAGCUUGUAUAUAUUAACUCCUAUCAAAAGAUCUAUAUAAAGUAGAAGGUCAUUGCUUCACUACAAGCACUAAUUUGCAUAUUUUUCCAUGGAAUUCUGGGAGUAUGGCUGAAUAUUAUAUUUCCUGAAUUGCUGUUCAAAGUGAUUUUUUUCAUUUCUUCCUAAUUAUACUAUUUUUUAAGGUACUCUGGUGUGAGUUUAAUAUAUUUUUAGCAUUAUACAGGGAGUGCAGAAUUAUUAGGCAAAUGAGUAUUUUGACCACAUCAUCCUCUUUAUGCAUGUUGUCUUACUCCAAGCUGUAUAGGCUCGAAUUCCUACUACCAAUUAAGCAUUUUAGGUGAUGUGCAUCUCUGUAAUGAGAAGGGGUGUGGUCUAAUGACAUCAACACCCUAUAUCAGGUGUGCAUAAUUAUUAGGCAACUUCCUUUCCUUUGGCAAAAUGGGUCAAAAGAAGGACUUGACAGGCUCAGAAAAGUCAAAAAUAGUGAGAUAUCUUGCAGAGGGAUGCAGCACUCUUAAAAUUGCAAAGCUUCUGAAGCGUGAUCAUCGAACAAUCAAGCGUUUCAUUCAAAAUAGUCAACAGGGUCGCAAGAAGCGUGUGGAAAAACCAAGGCGCAAAAUAACUGCCCAUGAACUGAGAAAAGUCAAGCGUGCAGCUGCCACGAUGCCACUUGCCACCAGUUUGGCCAUAUUUCAGAGCUGCAACAUCACUGGAGUGCCCAAAAGCACAAGGUGUGCAAUACUCAGAGACAUGGCCAAGGUAAGAAAGGCUGAAAGACGACCACCACUGAACAAGACACACAAGCUGAAACGUCAAGACUGGGCCAAGAAAUAUCUCAAGACUGAUUUUUCUAAGGUUUUAUGGACUGAUGAAAUGAGAGUGAGUCUUGAUGGGCCAGAUGGAUGGGCCCGUGGCUGGAUUGGUAAAGGGCAGAGAGCUCCAGUCCGACUCAGACGCCAGCAAGGUGGAGGUGGAGUACUGUUUUGGGCUGGUAUCAUCAAAGAUGAGCUUGUGGGGCCUUUUCGGGUUGAGGAUGGAGUCAAGCUCAACUCCCAGUCCUACUGCCAGUUCCUGGAAGACACCUUCUUCAAGCAGUGGUACAGGAAGAAGUCUGCAUCCUUCAAGAAAAACAUGAUUUUCAUGCAGGACAAUGCUCCAUCACACGCGUCCAAGUACUCCACAGCGUGGCUGGCAAGAAAGGGUAUAAAAGAAGAAAAUCUAAUGACAUGGCCUCCUUGUUCACCUGAUCUGAACCCCAUUGAGAACCUGUGGUCCAUCAUCAAAUGUGAGAUUUACAAGGAGGGAAAACAGUACACCUCUCUGAACAGUGUCUGGGAGGCUGUGGUUGCUGCUGCACACAAUGUUGAUGGUGAACAGAUCAAAACACUGACAGAAUCCAUGGAUGGCAGGCUUUUGAGUGUCCUUGCAAAGAAAGGUGGCUAUAUUGGUCACUGAUUUGUUUUUGUUUUGUUUUUGAAUGUCAGAAAUGUAUAUUUGUGAAUGUUGAGAUGUUAUAUUGGUUUCACUGGUAAUAAUAAAUAAUUGAAAUGGGUAUAUAUUUGUUUUUUGUUAAGUUGCCUAAUAAUUAUGCACAGUAAUAGUCACCUGCACACACAGAUAUCCCCCUAACAUAGCUAAAACUAAAAACAAACUAAAAACUACUUCCAAAAAUAUUCAGCUUUGAUAUUAAUGAGUUUUUUGGGUUCAUUGAGAACAUGGUUGUUGUUCAAUAAUAAAAUUAAUCCUCAAAAAUACAACUUGCCUAAUAAUUCUGCACUCCCUGUAUUAGAUGCAGUAUUAGCUUAGCAAAUUAAUGCUUUUGAAAUAAACAGUGCCGGAGGUGUUAGUUACAAUUUUAAAACUGUUCACUUUCAGAAGAAUAUGUUCAUUUUAUUGUGGGUUCAUAAUCAUUGUACAUAUUGUUAUUACCUACACAAACAAUCCCAAAAGAAACUACUGCUGAGAUGAUGCUUUAAAUUAAAUUGAACUCUUGACUGGCACUCACCGUUUAUUAAAACUAAGGGCAGAUUCCACCAGGGAUGAAAUCAGUGCAGGAUUAAGAAUCUGAUGGACCCAUUUACAGAAUUUUAUACAUAAAAAAUUACUAACUAGCUAAACAUGCCAAGUGCCUCUAAUAUGGUGGGACAGUCAAUUGAAUGCUGGCAAACCCACUCCACAAGUACUCCCCACCAGCUAUAAUACAUAGAGCAGAAUACUAUUGUGUGUGUGUGUGUGUGUGUGUAUAUAUAUAUAUAUAUAUAUAUAUAUAUAUACAUAUUUGUUUUUUUUUUUGUUUUUUUUUAUUUGAGUCAAGGUCCAUGGAUUUAUUAUGUGGCAUGUGCCUGCAUUUACUAAACUGAAAUAAGAGAGUGCAGCCUUGUGUAAGCACUAUCAUGGGAGAAUUUCAAAUUGAAUCUCCCUAAUUGUGCUUGUAUUGAUGCAAUCAAUACAAAUGAGUGUGCUGUUUUACCUAAAUGAUUGAGCUAAGACUGUAAUGGUUUAUCAUCCAUUUUAUGUAGAAAUCAAUUUAAGAUAUCCUUUAUAAUAUUACAUCUUUAUUCUGUCUGUUAUGGAAAGGUUGUAAUAAUUCUUACCGGUUGCUGUAGCGCUUCACAUUUCUUUCUGCUUCCUUAGUGAAGAGAUUGAUAUGAAAAAUGUAAGUAUAAUGGCCGAAAUUUGGUUCAGAUCAAAAAAUAUUUUCGGCCAAAUGUAGUUGGAUGAAAUUAAAAUUUUGACUGCUUACUUGCUGCCCAAGUAAACUCUUAGCAGAAGUUGGCAAAGAUGGAGGAGGUCUUUGUUAAGGAGGGCAGAACUUCCUUGUGGUACCCCAGCUACACCCUUAACUACAAGGAUAGGUAUAGGGCCAGAAGAGAAGGAUUAAGACCCCAUGGGGUCUUAAGCAGGAUAGCAGUAUGCCCCCCCUUAAUUCAUCAAAUAAUAAUGGUUAAUGGGGCAAAGUAAAUUUGUGGUUCCAGGGCCCCUAUCCUCUGGGCUGUAGGUGGUCACCUAGGAUUACCUCAUGGUUAAUCCUGCUAUGAGGGCCAGGGGUAAUCCCACAUGCAUGAGGCUUGUAUAGAUUCAGUAUUGAGAAUGCAGAGACAGCAGUCAGUCUUGGGCAUCAUCCACACAUUAAAGCAGGGGAUUUUAGACCCAGCCAUGUGAGACAAAAGGGAGCAGCCUAGGUGACAAAUGUAUUUCUGAGCUAAUGUUCCCCGCUUGUGAUAUAUAUAUUCAAAAAUUGAUUAUCUCGCCCCUCCUGGGUGGUAUGUUUAUUCCUCCUCUCGGGUCCUCUACCAAUGGCCUAGGAGUUUGAGGGAUCUGCGCAGUAUCUUAGCUGUUCCUAGAACUGCACUCUUCUGGACAGCGAUCUCAGAUGUCCCAUCUGAAAUCUGUUGAAGCCACUCCCCCAACAUGCAGUCACAGCCCUAAAUGCUCCUAUCCCAACUGUAACUACUCCUGCCUUCACCUAUCACAUCCUUUCUAGUUCUUCUUUUAGUCCUUGGUAUUUCUCCACCUUCUCAUGUUCCUUCUUCCUGAUGUUAUAGUCACUGGGUAUUGCCACAUCCACCUCGACUGCAGUCUUCCGUUUCUUUAUAUAUAUAUAUAUUUACCAUUAUGUUUUAAUGACCAGAAGUAGUUAUCUAGACAUUACAUUUUACCAUAUUCAUAUCUUGGUAUAAUCAUGUGAAACAAUAUAAAAGGUAUACAACGCUGAAUGUUUAUUAAAGGAUGUAAUGCCAAUGAGGGGUUCUGGAGAUAUAAUAAACCAUGAGAACAUAGUGUGAGUAGUUUAGAAAAGUCUCCAGAAACAAGAGAUUCUAAAUAAUUAUAAUUGUAUAUAUACAUCUACAGAUAAUACUGGUGCAAUCAAACAUGGCAGCAAAUUAGCCAUAAAAUAUACAUUUUUUUUUUUCUGGAGCUCUGCAUUCUUGCAUUGUGCAAUUUAUGUAAAGCCAUUAGGAAUAGCAGUAACAGCUGCUGUAAAUUGCAAUCAGAUUAAUGAUAUUGACCUAGAACAAGGACAAAGUCGCAAUUAAAAUAGCUUAAUUUAAUAUUCUGACACAAGGUUUACAGUCAACUAAAUUGAAGAGAAUGCUUUAGAGAUUUGAUGAGUAAAACACCCAUUUAAUAAUUAGAUAGAUAGGUAUAGCACAGGGAAACACAAGUAUGUGGAAAACGUAUGUGUAUACGUUACACUAGUUUCACUCUAGAGAGAAAGAUUGUGUAUCAAUAUUAAAAUAAAAAACACUAAAUUGUUAGGAAUACAUGUGUUCCUAAGACUAUAGUGUUCUACUCACUAUUUCUAAUCAGGACACAUAGAAUAAACAGAGAAUGUGACGGAAGAAUUUGGCAGACUGGAUGGGCUGAAUGGUUUUUAUCUGCCGUCACAUUCUAUGUUUCUAUGUAAUAUCACUAAAAAAAUAUUAAAGAGAUCGAGUCCAAGUACAGAUCCCUGAGGUACCCCACUGGUAACAAGACCUUGCUUUGAAUAUACUCAGUUGACUGCAACCCUCUGUUGCCUGUCAUUCAGCCACUGCCUAACCCAUUCAACAAUAUUGGAGUUCAAACUUAAAGAUUGCAGUUUAUUGAUAAGCCUUCUAAGUGGAACAGUGUCAAAAGACUUACUGAAAUCUAGGUAAGCAAUGUCUACUGCACCACCCGGAUCUAUUAUUUUAGUUAUCCAAUCAAAAAAGCAAUAAGAUUAGUUUGGCAUGAUUUCCCUGAAGUAAACCCAUGUUGUCUCUGAUCUUCAAAUACAUGGGAUUUUAGAUGUUCAACAAUUCUGUUCUUUAACAUGGUUUCCAUCACUUUCCCCACUACCGAAGUAAGGCUUACUGGCCUAUAGUUGCCCAACUCCUCCCUACUACCUUUCUUGUGAAUGGGUACAACAUUCGCUAACUUCCAAUCUUCUGGGACUACUCCUGUUAACAAUGAUUGGUUAAAUAAAUCCGCUAAUGGUUUUGCUAGUACACCACUAAGUUCUUUUAAUAACUUUGGGUGUUUCCCAUCAGGCCCAUUUGACUUAUUUGUCUUUACUCUUGAGAGUUAAAAAAAGAACCUCUUCCUCUGUAAACUCACAUAUAACAAAUUACCCAUUUGUCCUUUUUCUUAACUGAAGUUCCUCUCCUUCAUUUUCAUCUGUAAAUACUGAACAAAAAUAUUCAUUGAGGCAGUCAGUUAGACCUUUAUCCUCUUCUACAUACCGUCCUUCUUUUGUUUUCAAUCUAACUAAUCCUUGUUUUACUCUUCUUUUCCUAUUUAUGUAUCUAAAAAAAAAUGUAUCCCGUUUUUUACUGAAUGUGCUAGUCUCUCUUCUGUGUGUGCUUUUUUAAGGCGCUUAUAACUUGCUUUGCCUCUUUCUGCCUAAUCUUAUAGAUCUGUCUGUCUUCCUCAUUCUGCUUUUUUUAUAACUACUAAAUGCUAACUUUUUGUUUUUUUACUAUUUUGGCCACUUCUGUGGAGUACCACAGUGGUUUCUAAUUCUUCUGCUCUUCCUGACAAACCUAAUGGAAUUUUCUGUUGCUUUCAGUAGUGCAACUUUUAAAUAAUCCCAUUCUCAUGUACUCCAUUUAAACUGUUCCAGUCUAAUAAGGACUCCUUUACGCAUAUUCUAAUUUUAGAAAAGUCUGUUUUUCUAAAAUCUAACACUUUUGUUUUUGUGUGGUGUGACUCAGUCACUUUUCUUAUAUUAAACCACACUGACCGGUGAUCACUAGAUCCUAAACUUUUACCUACAUUAAUAUCUGAUACUAAAUCUCCAUUUGUUAACACUAAAUCUAGUAUGACCUCCUUACAAGUUGGUUCCUCAAUUACUUGUUUUAGAGACAAUACCAGUAGGGAGUUUAGAAUAUGUGUGCUCCUGGCACAAGCAGCUGUUUUGGCUUUCCAGUUCACAUCCGGAAGAUUAAAGUCACCCAUGAUAAUAACUUCACCCUUCAUUGACAUUUUAGCUAUUUCCUCAACUAGUAAAUUCUUAAACUCUUCUAUUUGUCCAAGGGGCCUGUAAAUAACACCUACACGAGUUACUGUGUGGUUUCCAAAUUCUAACAUAACCCAAACGGACUCUAUGUUUGCCUCACUAACUUUUUCAGGUUAGAUUUUAUGCUAUCCUUCACAUACGGGGCACCCAUCCCCCUUUCUUGCCUUCUCUGUCUUUUCUAUAUAUAGAGUACCCUGGUAUUGCUAUAUCCCAGUCAUUUAUCUCAUGAUACCAUGUCUCAGUAACAGUCCCUAAAUCUACAUUCUCAGUUGCCAUUAUUGCCAAAAGUUCAUGGAUCUUAUUCCCUAAACUGUGAGCAUUUGUAGACAUGAUUAUAAGCUUAUAAUUUUUUUAACACACUUACUACAGUUACUUUCUGUCCCUGUUUUGGGGGGCAAUUGGAUUGAUGUUUUAUCACAGCUAAAUCUAAGUAAUAAGAGUUUUACUAAGCUUGUUUCCAGCCCCGAGAGUCACUCACGCAGCUGACCACUCUGCUUUUCCUCCUCUUCUUGUCCAAUCCAAUGCUCUUUACAGAAGAGCAUUGUCGACUAGAAGUGCAUGAACAGCAAGUACCACACUUCUCUGAUCAAAUACCUCUAGCAGAGAAGCAUUGAAUCCAAAUCUUCUCUAUAAUAAGUAUCAAUGGACAUUUAACAUCAUCAAUGCCUUAGAACGUUAACAAGCACAGAACUGUGUCUAAUUGUCAGGAAGACAGUCACUAGAGGUUUAGCCAUGCAAUAUAAACAUUGCUGUAUCUACAAAAUGGCACUAUUUUACAUCGCAAGACCAACAUGACAUGGCUGCUGUGCAAUAUAAGUGUCUUUAUUUGAUUGAGUUGUCAUAAAGUGCUUCAGAAAUAACCUGUAGAGAAAAGGCAAGAAACAUAUAAUUAUUCAAAAUAAAUAGUAUUAACUAACCACAUGUGUAAACAUAAUUCCAACAGAGUUUGAAAUAGCAGCAUCAGUCAUUAUGAUGUGUGUGUAUAUAUAUAUAUAUAUAUAUAUAUACACACACACACACACACACACACACACACACACACGUGCUUUGUAUACUCCACCAGUAGGUGAAGCCCCACCAAGUAUACAAAGUUUUAAAGUGAAGGUAGAUCACAGUUGUUUGUAUAUUUUUAAUAUUAACUGAGCACAAACCAAAAAAAGUCCUGGUGGGCAUAGUCAAUACAAUGUUAAACACAGAUCUGCACACCAGUUAAGCCAUAAGACUUGCUUUUCCCACAGAAAUCUCAUAUUUGCAGUGAUGUUACUACUGCAAGGGAUUCUGGGUGGGCAUAUGCAAAUUAGUUCCCCAAAGAAUCAAAUUUUUGCCUUGUUAUUCCCUUUUAAAUAUGGAUUCCUUGGAGUUUAUGUUUGUACAUACAACUGUAAAACAGCUUUAAAACACAACUUAGGAAGAUAUACAAAGCCAGUGAAUCACUCAUGGACAGCUGUUUCAUUGUUAAUGCAACUAAUCAGCAUAAAGCUAUUAAGGGCUGGUGUUACUUGCAGAGCACAAACCAAGAAUGUUAUGGUGGGGGGGUGGGGGGGUGAAGUGAUUGAAAUCUCAAAUUUGCAGGUGUUACUAUUGCCUCAUUAUUCCAUUUUAUUUUAUUCCAACAUGGAUCCUUGGAGUUUGUGUUGGUUUGUGCUCUGCAAGUAAUGCCAAGUUGAACUAAUGUGAACUAAUUUGCAUAUGUUCACCCAGAAUCCCUUGCAAUAGUAACAUCAAUGCAAAUGUGAGACUUCUGUGAGAAAAGCAAGUCUUAUGGCUUGACCUGCGUUUAACAAUGUAUUGACUAUCCACUUUAUUAUUAACUGACACUGUUGUGGUUUCUUUACUGUUCUCACUAGUUCAUACACUGCAAAUAGAUUUUUAUUUAACAUAAAAUGCCCUUAUGAACCAGGCUCUUCUGCUAGCAACAUCUAAAAUAGAGUGGCAUUUAGAAUACUGCGGAAACAAAUAAAUUAACAAAUAUAUAGUAUAAAAUCUGCAUGUGAGAACCAUAGGGUUUCUGCCAAUUGUAAAAUUGUGCAUAAUAGAGAUCCAACUGAUUUAUGGGCAUAAAACAAUAUAGUUCAAUUGAAGUGGAGAGAAUCACCUAAUAAAAAAUGAACAAGAAUAUUAUUUCUUUAUUUUAUUUAUUUUGAUCACUUUAGACAUUAGUAGUUUAAGUUAAUUUUAAGUAUUAUUGCUUGCAACUUUUACUUUUUUUUUUGUAGGUAUUAAUGUAGCUCUGUUGCGUCCCAGUCACUUUUGAGAAUAAAAUAUUUAUGAUAUACUCAUCCUGUUUGGAAUUUCUUUACAAAACAGUAUGCGUAAUGAAACAGGUAUCUGAUAUUGUGACAGUUGGUUUAUGGAGGAUUCUGCAUCUUGUGGGACCCUCCAUAAACUUCUGUGCGGUAGUAGUUACAAAUUGUCUUACAGUAUGUUGAACACGUAAUUGCAGUAACCAGAUCAUUGAGCUUGAAGUGGAUAUUUCUGUUUCUCAAUAUGUGAACUUAUGUUUGUUUUUUUUCCCCAAUAGAUGGGUGAUUUGUCUUGAGAAUUGAAAAUUAUUAUUUGUUUUUAAAAAAAAAUGCUUUGAGAAUUGUGUAUGACUUUGAAAUCCCCCUCCUGGCUUUCGGAGAAGAUUUAAUAGAUUGUUAGUAGUCUGCCAUCAGCAUAUUCCAAUAAGUUAAACUGAUACAUAAAGUCCCUUUAAUAUAUUGUGCAAUUCUUCCAGGAUUCGAAAAAGCACUGGAUCUUGCAUAGUAUUGCUUAGAAAUAGUAUUAUAACUUAGAUUGGCAUUAUGCAAGGCAUGUAUUUUCUCUUUCAGAUCUCAAUCAGUGGUGGAGCCUGGCACACUGAUGCGUGAGGACCACAGAGACAAUGAAAACACCCAACCACUGCUUGCCCUGGACUGAUUCAACCUGCAUCACCACAACCACCGUUUUCACCAAUGGGUCUUUAUUUUUUCACUUUGCAAAAUAUUCACCAGCUAUUUGCACAAGUUGUUGCUGUGCAGAGACCUAUUUUAUUUAAUUGCCAUAGUGCCAACAUCAAUGCCAGGAGCAACUUUAUCUACAGAAGAGUCUUUUACUGCCAAAAAGGACACAGAUAAAGUACAUGAUAGCCUUUUGCGUUACAAGGUAUAUGCUCAGCUAAUGAAUUGUAGGCAAUGUCUGUCUAAGACAGAGUUAAUAGUCAGUAUUUUUAUAUUAUCAAAGAAAUAUGUUUGUAUGAAGACCCGUGAUAUUUUGUCUUGUACUGACUAUAAAUCACCAGCAGAAAAUUGUCAACAAUUAUUUUGUCCAAACAUGUUUGUUGUAACGAUAAAAUAUUUCGUGACUCACGGAGUGUCUUCAGGGAACUUGUUAACACAGAACAAAGAUACCAGGGUAGCCAGAUUUGAUGCAAUUAAUGAUGUCCAACCUCUUAGCCAGCCCAUGAAAGUGGCAGUUCAGCAUUGGAAUGCCAUAUUUUGUCCCUAGAAUUAGCUGUAAGUUUCAAAUCAGAUGGUACACGGCACCCUGAGAAUAAUCUAGUACAAUAAAAACAUUUCAUCCUGUGCAGUAGUAAAAUGUAUGUGUUAAAAUAUAUAUUUUCCUUAUGUUCUUAAUUUAAUUUACAGAGUAUCCAGGCCCAAGUAAUAAUAAAAGGAAAUCAUGGACAGAAAUGCAAAAAUAAUAUAAUUUUUUUUAGCCACUGUGCUUUGUUCAUACUCAGCGAGUAAAAGUGUUAAAUAUUACAUAAGUUGGGAGACUACUUGUUUAGCUAUCUUCACUGAACACUUAUGCCACAUGCCUCACAUAGGCAAUCAUAAUAACAUGGAAUUUUGCUGUAUCAGUGAUAUCCUAUUGUAUUAGCUUAAUAAUUUAACCCAUGGACUAACAUUGACAUUUCAAACGAUUAAUAAAUCAAGCCUUGUUUCUGAAUAACUACCAUUUGAAAAUUACUGUAAAAACUCAUGUUUGUUGGAAAUGACACAUAGAAAAAUUUUCUGAGGUCAUCUCACUGAACAUUUUGACCAUGUACCAUGAUCAAAAAACCCUCAAAAAUCUAGAUUGAUUAUAUUUAGUCAAAUCUUUAUGUCCCUAUCCAAGCAUUUACGCACAAAGGUAAAUAUUGUUAAGACAGAUCAAUCUGGUAUUAAACUUAAAGGAGGGUCCUACACUUUCCUUAAUAAGUUACACCUCCCAUAGCUGUCACACUGAACCAUUAUAUAGACAAUGUUUUAUUAAACAAUAUGUAGCCAAUCUUCAGAUUCUCAACGCCAAAAUGCCCAUAGUUAUUUGUUUCAUGCUGGUACAGAAAUGCAACAUUUGUCAUGUAUACCUAAGGUGCCAAAGAUUCUGAUUGUUUUGUUUUUUUUCAUUUAUUUGCACAAUGUUCCACAUCAUUGAAAUAAAAAUGUAUGCAGAGAAAUGUUGAGAUUUUGAUUGAUUCUUAAAUUAAUUUUUAACCUAGAACAGCAUCAGAGAAAGGCAUGUGUGCAAAUAUAUUAUUUAAAUGCCCAACAGAUGUGGAGAGAAAGCUCAUUUGUAUGUAGGUCAUCUCUUGGUUCUAAAAUUAUAGUCGCUGGAACCACUAGAAUUUUACCAUUCGUAAAAUCCAUUAAUGUGUUAAG